AUGCUAGCAAUGCACAUAGUUCGCUGUGGCAGCAAAACACAUAUUUUUAAACUUAGGGCCUCUUCUGAGAAGGACAGUCCCUUUGGCCCUUUCACAGAACCCAGAGAGGGAGCAGACAGGAAGGAGGAAGCACACUUCCCCACAAGGCAGGUUAGAAUGGUGAGGCUCUUCCAAGCCCUGAGGCUCUCAGCCAGUGCCCAACCUAGCUGACCACUGGUCCAGGGGUUGUAAUCAGGCCAUGCCUGAUCCCCACAGUUUACAAGCUCCAGGACUUUUAGUUUGUAUUGCUUCCCUUGCCCAUUCAUGUGGCUGAGUGUAGGACCAGUGUAGACCAUGAGGUUUGCCUGGCCAGCUUCAAGGUGUUGUGGUGGAGCUGUGUGUGUGUGUGUGUGUGUGUGUGUGUGUGUGUGUUUGGUGGCUUAGCUUACCCUCACUACUCUUGAGGAGAGGAGCCUGUAUAAUAUUUUCCAAUACAGGGUAGGGUGCAGUGCGGUGGGGUGUGUGUGUGUGUGAGCACAUGCUAAGAGCAUUUCCGCCUUUCUUUUUCCUCCCAAAUGUAACAUUGCCAUUUGUAAUUUCCCGGCAAUGGCAAACCACUAUUAAAAAAUGCAGAUUGGCAAGCCAUGAUGUCCAACUUUGGAGAGGGGGAUUGAGGGCUGGAGACAUGGGAAAGACCUCAGGCUCACGUUGCCUCCUUUUGCAUCGAAAGCCAUUUUAAAAAAUCAGUUUUUUAAAAAAGCAACCGAGACGCAGCAAGCGCAAGAUUUCUGUCGGACUUGAGGAUCCCCUGGUUUGUGCACUGCUGCUCCCUUAGCAUCCUUCUUGAGCUUAAAUUGCAAUAAAAGUGGAUGAGUGAAAACUGCCCGUAAUGUCCUGUGAAUUUCCCUCUAGGCUUUGAAACACCUCUUAAUUACCUGCCGGCAGCCGUGCAAGAACAGUGCCAAGGCAGCGUUUGCCUUAUUCAAAUAUGCCCACUGUCGCAUUGAUUUUUAAUUUAUUUAAGGAAUUGCUUCCAGCAGGGCCAUCUUUACCCAGGGCCAUCUUUACCCAGGGGUAGAAGGGGUGUGGGGUGCCAAAUUCUGGGCAGCGGCAAAUGUAUACCUACUGUAUACUGGUCCCUCUCAAUCGGCGGCAGUUAAAAGCAAUGGAGCGAAAGUCCCCACCCUCCUCCAUUGCUCUGUUACUCCGUAGCGUCAAAUAUUCCUGACGAGUCAGGAAACAAAAGCAGUUUUUUCCGCUGUGUCAUUGUUAUAGGUGAACAACUUAGGCUUCCCCCUCCUCCAAAAAGCUCAAAAAAAGUUAAUUUGGGGGCAGAUAAACUAAAUUUGAGGUGCUGGGCGGAUCUUUGCACCCCGGCGGCACAUAUGCUAAAGACGGCCCUGAAUGCUGGUCUGGAUAGUUGGGCCAUACAGGUCUGUGCACAAGAUAACCUCACAUGACACAGUGUGGGAAGCAGGAGCCCAAUUUCAACAACCAAGAGAAGGAUAGUAGAAGUGGGAGCCAUACUAAAGAAAACCUGAACCCUAAUGUGGCAAUUGCCUGCUGACACGUCCUUUCCCAUAAUGCAACAGGGGUGCCUCUGGACUAUCAGUAUUUUGUGGAAAGGAUUCAAGUCUCUGAUUUUGGGUUUCUCUCUUCCACAGACAACUCCCAGCUCACUAAACCUCACUGAUACCUCUUCAGCUUCCAACACUUCCUCUGUUAGGAUAUAGUUCCAUUCCACCUUAAAGGGUGGAAGUAGUUCCAUUCCACCUUAAAGGGUGGAAGUAAACAUGCCUGUUUACUUCCAGCACAGUCUGCUGGGAACUUCCGUUUGUAUAUUGCUUUUGCUGCUGUUUUGCUGGAGACGAAGGGAAGCAGACAUGUUUUUCCUUUGUUCCUGAACUAUGCUGAAUAAAUUGCUGCAAAUAAUGCUCACACAUGUCUCUGUCUACCUCUUCCGUUGUGAGGAUUUAUUCACAGCAUGCAUAGCUUCUAAACGCAUCUGAGGCUCAUGUCGCUGAUUGAUGCUGUACCAGGAACCGUUGUUCGCCCGGCUUCCGGCUGGUGGCUGGAGCCAGCUGGGGGCCUGCCAAAUGCCCCCAUCUCCCUGGCAGCAUCCCAGCAUCCUCUUCCCAGUCUUCUCCCUCUGACAACUCAUUGUCCCACCACCACUUCCCAGGCUCUGAGUGUUCUUCCCUUGGCAGUUCCCCAGUUGGUGCCCCAUCUGCAUCCAGCCAGGGUGACAUUGCCGCCCCACCUCCCUGGGACGCUCGUUGCAGGCGGCACCCCACUGGGACACUUGCUGCUCUCUGCAGGUGGCACCUCCUGGGGUGUUCGCUGCUCACCACAGGUGGCACACACCCUCGGGUGCACAGCAUGUGCACUGCUCCAGGUGCCGGAGCAGCUAGCUCCGCCUCUGGCCCCAGGUGCUUCUGCUAUAAAAGGGCUCAGUUGCAGCUUGUUCCCUGCUGGAGCAACUUCAGAGCUCCGAAACAUGCUCAUCGUGCCUUGCGGCCCACCUGAACCUUCUCCUUGUCCUACACCCUAGUUGACCCUUACAGAUCCUGCACAGCAUGAUGCCAAGUGAGAAGGCCCCACUGUAAGUCUUCUGGGGGUGCUCAGCAAAGUCUGGUGACGUGUAAGAUGAUGUCUUUAUUUGUGAAUUACUGCAUUUUAAUGCAUUUUUCUCCAAACCGGCCUUGAUUUAAAUGGAGAAAAAGAACAGGCCAGGUGUAUUUUCAGCCGGUAAUGUGCACACAGCCUCUGUUCAUCAUUAUCCCAACCAGCCCCACCCCACCCCUGCCCCCCCAAAUGCAGGAACCGGCAACCCAGAGACAAUUUGGGCCACCAGCAGAGCGACACAAAAUGACUUGAGCUGACUUUGGGAGACGCCAAUGAUUAAUUUCCAUUCCGCUUUCUUACGAGGUUGUGACCCAUGUCAGCCAGGCACGAGCUGCUGGGGGGGGGGGGACUUGGCUGGAUUUCAGAGACCACCCCCCUUUAGAAGUCCAUUAGGCUGACCUGGAAGUGGAAACAGUUGCAGCUGGCUUUCAAAAGGCCAAAUGAAGCCGGUGAUUUCUGUUUGACAUUAAUUCCAGGAAAUUGAAUAUUCCUCCCAGAUGUUUAAUAAACACAUUCAGGCCUUCCCAAAGCCCUCUGGAUGCACUUCAUACACUUGUAGCCUCAAAGAGCGCAUAAGUGUUCAAAGGCUAGAUGAACCAUAACUUCCAAGUACAGAUACACUAUGUAUGGGCUGACAAUGAGGAAAGCUGUGGGAAAGGUAGCUUGCUGCUGUGUGGCAUCCCUAAUGGGGCAGAAAUCAGGCAUGUUUCAUUGGGGGUGAGGGUGGGGAAAGGGGGCUAUUGAAACAUAUAAAAGAAGCAGGCAAUUCCAGUUCGCAUUUUUUAGUAUUGAUCUGAUGUGUAGAGAUCUUUCCUAUUCUGCUUAGUUCAAUAGGGUUCUAGAAGGUUUCUUUCUGUGUGUAAGAUGCUGGCAGAAGGUUUCUGAUGUUUGGGUUAUACCUUCUGGGAAGCUGAGUAGAGCUGGUUUAAACUGGUUCUGUUAUCCUUUCUGUCAAGGUCAUGUUGACUAUAAUAGUAAAGCCAGGAGGAGCCUUGGUUUCACUCACUUUCUCGUGUUAAGGUUUAGUCUCAUUAUAAGUUCUUGUAAGUUAGUUUAUGAUAAGUCUGCUGCAACUGGAUUUCUUGUGGACAGUGCCAGUCCUGAAUGUAUUGGAUUUGUGACCAUUAUGCUCAUUUGCCUUCAGUAGCGAGUAAAGCUCUGCUGGAAGAAAUUGUCUCUGGUCUAUUUUGAGGGGAACUCUGCAAUGUGUUUUAAGUCCUCCUCAGCCUUGCACGACAGGCAAGGGGAUAGAUCAGGAACAUUUUGUGUAAGCACGAGUUCCAUAAAAUAAGGAACACCUUGAUGGUAAAGUAAGGCCACCCUGGGCCACCAUCUCAAAGGAACUGGGAAAGUCUGAAGCACAAGUGGAAUUAAAAGUUCUGGGUUCUAUGUCAAGCAACUCCAGGGAAGGCUAGGAAUGACCUCCACUUGAAAACCUGGAGAGUCAGUUCCCAUUGGUGUAGACCACGGGUGUUAGCAACCUCCACAUUUUGCACCCCAGGCUGCCCCUCCUCUCCCCAUGUUAUGCCCUCAACUGGUCCUUCUCUACUCUGGAAUGUAUCUGAACACUCUUCUAAGCAGAGCCUUGUCUGUUAGGGCAGAUGGCACCCCACCAACCUCAGCCUUCUCACAUAGGAAGCUGCAAGUACUCAUGGCGUUAGUCACAAUCUGCAAGUAUCCUCCAGCUUCUUGAGAAAUUAUUGAGAAAUACCCACCCGAAUAGCUCAGCUGGUUAGAACAUGGUGCUGAUAACGCCAAGGUUGCAGGUUCAAUCCCCGUCUGGGGCAGCUGCACAUUCCUGCAUUGGGGGGGGGGGUUGGAUUAGAUCAGGGGUCAGCAAGGUUUACCGGCCAUGGGCCGGAUCACUCCCACGGAGAUUGUCCGUGGGCUGGACUGGCGCAGCGCGAUGCUGGAAAUCGCGUCUACGCAUGCCCAGACGCCGAAAAUUGCGCCUGUGCAGAAGCUAUUUUCAGUGUCUGGACAUGCGCAGAUGCGAUUUCCGGUUUCUGUGCGUGUGCAGACGCAAUUUCUGGUGCCGCUCAGUGAGUCCCUCUGCCGCGCUGCACCGGUUUAGUGCAGCGCACAGGGGACUCACCAAGCGGGUGGCUUGGUUCGGGGGAGGCUCGUGGGCUGGUAAAACCAGGGGUCAGCAACCUUUUUCAGCCUUGGCCCAGUCCACCAUCCCUCAGACCAUGUGGUGGGCCGGACUAUAUUUUGAAAAAAAAUAAUGAACGAAUUCCUAUGCCCCACAAAUAACCCAGAGAUGCAUUUUAAAUAAAAAGACACAUUCUACUCAUGUAAAAACAUGCUGAUUCUCGGCCAGAUUGAGAAGGCGAUUGGGCCAGAUCCAGCCCCUGUGCCUUAGGUUGCCUAGCCCUGGGUAAAAUGGUCUUCGUGGGCCGCAUUUGGCCCAUGGGCUGCACAUUGCCGACCCCUAGAUUAGAUGAGUCUCUUGCAACUCUACAAUUCUGUGAUUUUUGAUUGAUGCAUUUCCUGGGGCUGAUGGGAAUUGCAGGGUGCUCAUUUGAGGAAGGCUGUUCUAGCCACUCAGGAGCCAAACUCUCUCACUCCCACAAAUAUGUCACCCUGGGAACUGCCCUUUCCAUUGUUUGUUGUUGUUGCUGUUUAGUUGUUUAGUCAUGUCCCCAUGGGCCAGAGCACGCCAGGCACUCCUGUCUUCCACUGCCUCCCGCAGUUUGGUCAAACUCAUGCUGGUAGCUUCGAGAACAUUGUUUAGGCCUUCCAAAGCAAAAAAAACGCAUGGCAAAAAGACGUGAGCCACUUGUUCUUGGCGGAAGUGGGUGGUUCACCCCUUUCCUCCUCCCUCUUUCCCAGUCCACCAACCAUUAUUAUUCCAGCUCUUAAACCUGUGCCAGACUGUUAAUGUCUUAAUGCUUAUUCAAGUGUCAGGGAGUGCUGGCAGAUGUCAGCGUAAAUGGGAGGCUGUCAGUGAGGAAAUUACUUACCAUUCAUAAACUGAUGGCUGCAGUCUGUCAGGUAGCAUUUGAGCUUGAGGCUGAAAUGGUGGGGGGGGGGAGGAGGUUUGAUGCUGGUUGGGGUGCAGGGAGAGAGAAGGAAUUUCAGGGUUUACAACAGAGGGUGGUAGUGGAAGGAAUUGCCUCCAGCCAUGUCCACAAUAAAACAAAAGCUACAGACCCUACGUGUCCCUAUUUUCCAGGGACGUCCCUGAUUUAGAGAAGCCAUCCCAGUUUCUGAUUUGAUCCUGGAAUGUCCCACUUUUCCUUAUGUAAAGGUAAAGGGACCCCUGACCAUUAGGUCCAGUCCUGACCGACUCUGGGGUUGCAGUGCUCAUCUCGCUUUAUUGGCUGAGGAAGCCGGUGUAUGUGUCAUGUGGCCAGCAUGACUAAGCCGCUUCUGGCGAACCAGAGCAGCAUACGGAAAUGCCGUUUACCUUCCCGCCGGAGCGGUACCUAUUUAUCUACUUGCACUUUGACGUGCUUUCAAACUGCUAGGUUGGCAGGAGCAGGGACCAAGCAACGGGAGCUCACCCCGUUGCGGGGAUUUGAACCGCUGACCUUCUGAUCGGCAAGUCCUAGGCUCUGUGGUUUAACCCACAGUGCCACCUGCGUCCCUCACUUUUCCUUAGGAUGUCCCUAUUUUUAUUGGAGAAAUGUUGGAGGGGGUGAAGCUAACAGAGAACCAAGGAUCCUCUGUAACCUCAAAACUUCUAAGUUUUGUUUUGCUGCCCUUUAAAAAAAGAAACAAAGAAAGUGGCAGGCAUAUGGUGUUGAAAUGAUCUAGGGCCAUCUGCAGAAUCCACAGAAGCAGAGACAGAACUGCAGUGCAAAUUCUCCACCUGGCUGAAAUCAAGUUUCUAUUUGUAUUAAGAGUCUCUUUUUAAUUGGCGAGCUUCCUAGAACACUGUUAGCCUACAGCUUUGAAGCCAGCUUUACACAUCACAUGUUUGUGGGUGUACAUUAUUAUUAUUAUUAUUGUUAUUAUUACUUUCAGUGAAGCAUCUCAAAGCGAUUCACAGUACAAAAACACAGAGGAGCAAUUGCGCAUACCAAAAAAAUUAAAACAAUUGCAGAUGGAUAGAUAUGCAUACUAUAUGAACAAUUACAGUGGUACCUUGGGUGAAGAACAUAAUUCAUUCUGGAGGUCCGUUCUUAACCUGAAACUGUUCUUAACCUGAAGUACCACUUUAGCUAAUGGGGCCUCCCGCUGCCACCACACUGCCGGAGCACGAUUUCUGUUCUCAUCCUGAAGCAAAGUUCUUAACCUGAGGCACUAUUUCUGGGUUAGCAGAGUCUGUAACCUGAAGCGUCUGUAACCUGAAGCGUAUGUAACCCGAGGUACCACUGUAUUGUAGCUGUACAACAAUUACAUCUAUGAAAUCAAUUUCUGUUCUAAUACAGAUACCAACUAGGAUAACAAGUCCGUCUUAGGGGUCAUCAUACUGUCCAGGGGCACCAACAAAAGGGGGCAGAAGGUGCUUCGGCCCCCUCAAUAUUUGUUGGCAGGGGGCCGAGCCCCCCAAUAUUGAGGGGGUCGGGAGGCACAGAGGGUGAUUUUCACCCUCUUCAUUCCCCAUCCCCUGCUGCCAAUGGGCAAGCGCUGGACCGCCAGGGGGGAGAAUGAUUUUCACCCUCUCCACUCCCCAGCCCCCACCGCCAGCAGGGUGCAAUGGGGAUCUCUGUGGGGGGUGCCUGGUUCGUCCCCACCCUGAUUACGCAUGACGUCAGGGGGCAAGUUGAUGCCCCUGAUACUGUGACCCUUCAUUUCAGAUUUUCUCACACCCUCUCCUUUUUGGAGUAUUUCUAGUAUGAGACAAUCCAUAUUAAGGGAGGGAGUGUGGGCAGGCAGUGAUUUGGAGGACGUUAUAUGGUCAAUGAAAAAGUAAUGGCAAUACACCUCCAUCAUCCAGCCCGGACACUAAGUUCUAGCACCGAGGGCCUUCUGGCGAUUCCCUCGCUGUGAGAAGUGAGGUUACAGGCAGAGGGCCUUCUCGGUAGUGGUGCCUGCCCUGUGCAACACCCUCCCAGAAGAUGUCAAGGCAAUAAACAACUAUUUUACUUUUAAAAGACAACUGAAGGCAGCCCUGUUUAAGGAAGUUUUUAAUGUCUGAUGCUGUAUUGUUUUUAAUGUUCAGUUGGAAGCUGCCCAGAGUGGCUGGAGAAACCCAGCCAGAUGGGCGGGGUAUAAAUUAUAAAUUAUUAUUAUUACAGGAAGCCUACUAUCCAUAUUAAGCGACAGUAAGGAGGAGGCAUGUUCACAGUGAGAGAGGUUGGCAAAGAAUGUAUAUGUAGAGAACUGAGCCUUAUUAAAAGGCAAUCCAUCUGUAGCCAAAACCCUGCAAUUGCACCAGCCAAGUGAAUCUGGGAUUUACCACACCGGAUUCAAAGACUGCCUGUCACUGUUACCAUCAACUAUUGCUAAUUUAUUUGUGCGGGACAAGGAAGCAACUGGUUGAGACCUGUGCAACAACAAGUUUGUGUUGUGCUGCCUGGCUGAAUCAUUUUAGUUCUUCUGUCUUUGCUGGAUUGGCCAACCCCAUAAAGUGUUUUCCCUCUCAUUUUACGUGCGAUUUUGAUCAAGCUAUAUUUGAAACCUCCACUUUUCUUAACAGGCGCUGAAGUUGCCUUCCUGGAGGUGUGUGACGUAGAGAUAUUACUCCAUCUCUUUCUCUCACUGUCCAUUCUUAAGGCAACAGUUAGUACUACAGCUGGUAGUGGCUUCUAGAUAAUUUGCCAGCUAUUUUCAGCCCAGCCAGGAAGCCCCAGUUAGAGCUGAAAUGCGACAAAUGCAACUGGAACCAAACUCCUUCCCUUUUUGGAUAGCGAAACUCACAAGCUGCAGAGAUGAAAUCCGGUCCUUUUGUUAGCUGGAGGUGGGGAGGAGACAGGGUCAAUAAGUUCUUCUCCCUUAUUGUGUUUUUGCUGAAUAAAAUGAAAAGAAAUUUCAUCACACUUCUUGAAAAGAGGCUUCUGACAUGGUGAUUCCUUAAUGUAUUGGUUUUGGGUUCUUUCCAAGGGUGUCAGUUUCUGGGACUUCCCUUAAAUUAAUCUUUUUUUGUUUUAUUUGUCUCUUCCUUUCUGCUGAAACUGGUUUUAAAAAUUCCCUAGGAAUUCUGCUUUGCAAAAGGUGUCCACUCUCCCCCAUUCAUGCCAAGGCAAGAAUCCCUGUAGAGAAAUUGACUAAUCAGAUUCAGUUUUCCAGAGACUUGGUCAAACUUGUAAUGGUUCUAGGGGUUGCUCAUGCGUAAACCGGUGCAAACACCUGGCUGGGUUGCCUGAGUGAACCUUUUCUGUCCGGACAGCCACUCACUCAGUGGGCGUUUCUUAAACUUCUUCCAGCAAAGAAGCUCUUUGACGCCUAGUCUCCUCCUACUCUCUCUGCGUGAAAGCCUUCUGCGCAAGGAGGGCGUAGGCAGCGGAGGACCCCUACUCUCCCCGCUGGUCUCCGGCAAGGAGUCAUGGCACCGCCUCGCCGCUUCCCCCAUCUGCCCCCCUUCUCCACUGGUGCUACGCUGAUUCUCUUCCCCAGAAGAUGGGCUGCCUCUCCCAAUCCCGGGACGCUCUCUGGAAUCCGUCUGGAUUUUGCUCUCUCCCUCCGGCACUGAUGGCAGUUCCCUGACAAAACUGGAUACCUUGAGCUUCCACUGAGGAGGGGGCAGUAUCCCCAGAUUCCUGUGAUUAUUUUUAUUUUUUAAAGAGUUUAGAGCUUUUGCAAAACCUGAGAUAUGAGAUAAAAUGCACAGACCAUGUACACACUAUGCAGUUAAAACUCAGUUCUCGAACAGCUCUGUUUUUGAAUGUUUUGGCUCCUGAACGCUGAAAACCCGGAAGUAAAUGCUCCUGUUUUCAAACGUUCCUCAGAACUCGAACGUAUGACGCGGCUUCUGCUUGAGUGCAAGAAGCUCUUGCAACCAAUUGGAAGCCGCGCCUCAGUUGUCGAACAUUUCGGAAGUCAAACGGUCUUCUGGAAAGGAUUACAUUCGCCAACAGGGGUUUGACUGUACCUUUAAAGCACACUUGAAGCACAAUUCCCCCCUCAAAGAAUUCUGGGCACUGUAGUCUGUUAAGGGUUGCUGGGGAUUGUAACUCUCUGAGGGGGAAACUACAAAGCCCAGAACUCUUUGAGAGAAAGAGUGUGCUGUGAUUGUGCUUUAAAAAUCUAGCAUAUACACAGGCAAAGUUCUUCUAAUUUUGGUGUGUCGGAAAUUAGUCUGCUCCCUACUUUCAGUAUUUUAACUGUGUCCUCUACCCCCAGGGGAAAUUCUUGCUGACAUACUGGUAUCCCUCUAACAUUAUCUUAGUUUUCUGUUCUGUUUUCCAUUUUCAGGAGAGGCGACUGGCACUUUAGUGGUCAAAAUAGAAAGCACCCAUUCCUAAGAGAGAGGAAGCCACAGGGUUUGGGGAAGCCCAAGGUUUGCAGAAAUAGAAAAAGCGAAAACCUUUUUAAGAAGGGGGGGGGGGAGCCUGAAGGAGGGGGGAACUCCAAAAACAGCCCAGUGGGGACUGUCUGCUGAGGGGACUAAGGAACAGAAACUGGGUGGGAGGGGGACUGCAAUGUUGUACCCUGAAGAGGGGCAUUUCUUGACUAUAAAUAUUUAGACCACAUUGCUCAGUACUUUAUUUUGAUUCUGGAUUUUUAUUGGUGAUACUGACAACAUAUAUAUUUGUUUUAUUUGUAUCUUUGCCCUGCGAUUUUGUUUUAUCUUACAUUGUAAACCACUUAGAUAUUUUUCAACAAUGUAUAUUGAGUGGCCUAUAGAUGAUUGAUUGAUUGAUUGAUUGAUUAAACAAAUAAAUAGCACCCCCACCCACCCACCAAUCAUUUUAAAAAUACAGAAAGGGCUAAAUAUUGUUAUGUUCCUAUACCUCAUCAUCUGACCUAUAUGGCAGCCUUUGUUUCCUUCUGUCGGUCUACAAGCUUUUGUCCAAGAAAUGGGUGCAAUCUGUUUGUUUAAGUGUCUUCUUCUUCUUCUUCUUCUUCUUCUUCUUCUUCUUCUUCUUCUUCUUCUUCUUCUUCUUCAUUCUAUUUAGUCCCAGAGAAGGCAGGGGAGAAGAGCAAGGGAAUAGGGCCAGUGGGGGAAUGGGGCAGAAGGCACAUUGCUUGGUCUGACAACUCUUGAUGGCCCAAGGACCACAAUUUGGGAACCUUUGUCCUGGAUUAGAGCCCCACAUUGGGCAAAAUAUUCCUAAAUUGCAGGGGGUUGGACCAGAGGAUCCUUGGGGUCCAUAGCUGUCAACGUUUCCCUUUUUUUAAGGGAAAUUCCCUUAUUCCGAAUAGGAUUCCUCGCAAGAAAAGGGAAAAGUUGACAGCUAUGUUGGGGUCCCUUCGAACUCUACAUUUCUAGAACGUACAUUGCCUUGACACAUUUUAAAUAUGAGGCACCUGAGGAAUGUAGAUUAGUCAUAAUAGAGAACAGAAAUAAAUAAUGGGAAACACGGCUGUUCUGCUUCUGUUUUCUCAGUAGCUCAUAUAUCUUGACUCCUUUGCCCUCUCUUACCCUUCCGCCACCUCCUUUUUGGUGAGGAUCAGAGCCCAGCGGAAGUGACACGACUCGCUUUUCCUCCUCAGGGAGUGACGUAGCAGCUUCUUCCCCCUCCAUUACACCUCCACCACUGUUAGUCUUGUCCUUGUACAUUUUUGGCUGUGGAAAACACUAGCUCCACCGAGCUCACUCAAAUGAUCUCACCUGCAAGCGCCUCCGGACACAUGAGCAAGCGCUCAAGGAAGACUACCUCUGAAUCACCAUUCGGAGAUAAACCUGACAGUAGCAGGAGGACUCAGUGGCCGCCUCCUGCUGCCACUCUGACUGAAAAAUACUUGGGAACUCUGCAACGUGACGCUUCCCGCAAGCCCUGAGCCUGAGGCAAAUGUCUGCAUUGCCCAAUGGGUGAUCCAAUAAAGGCUUUCCCUGAUCAGAUCCUUUUCAGUAUGUUGGCAGGGGCAAAUUCUCCUACCAAUAUUCCCACAGUCCUUUUUUGCAUCUCUUUUCCUUGCCUGUUGCAUUGAGGGACAGCAGAAUUGCCACUCUGCCUUAUACCUCUGUUAGGGCAGUGGUUCUCGAACUUUUUUCCUCUGGGCCACACUAUUAAAAGAAAAAACGCCAAAUUCCAUGCCACACCCAAUUUUGUAUUGAUAAGAAUACAAAAUGUGACAGCUGCAUAUUCCUGCAUUUGCAAAGGAUUGGACUAGACGAUCCUCAACUCUACAAUCCCAUGAAAAGCUCCGCUCAUAUAUUAUACAGAGAAUGAAAGUUUAAUGUUUCCCUCCUCUCCGCCCCUUCCACAUUUUCCCUAAAUUUCUCUCUCCCACCCUCUCUUUCCCCCUCAACCCCAUACGGACUACAGCAAAAAAUUUGUCUCUAAGGUACAGCAAUCAAAUUGUAUGAAGGAUGCUACGAUUUAAAAACAGAGGCACAGAUAUGUACUUUUGUUACUUAUGGAAAAUAUUUCAUUAAAAACCCCGAAUAUAAUUUUACCGUAACUGGGCAUCCUAUAUAAACUACAGUGGACACUCGGGUUGCGAACGUGAUCCAUGUGGGUUGCAUGUUCGCAACCCGCAGCAUUUGCAACCCGUGUCUGUGCACAUGCGGGUUGCGAUUCAGUGCUUCUGUGCAUGCACAAAGCGAGCUUUAGCGAUUCUGCGCAUGCGCGACCGUCGAAACCUGGAAGUAACCCGUUCCGGUACUUCUGGGUUUUGGCAGUCCACAACCCGAAAAAAUGCAACCUGAAGCGUCUGUAACCCGAGGUAUGACUGUACUGUAAACAAAUACAAGCAGUUGAUUGCCCAUUAUUUCACUGCAAUCGAAUACUGUAAGAUAUUCCACAGAGCCCCAACCCCUGCUGUAUAGGUAACACUUUAUCUCCAAUCUCCUCCUUACUUUCAUGAUAGUGGUAUUUGUCAGCCAGGGGAGAAAUGAAUCCUACAUUGUACAUUAACUUCAUAGCAGUCAGGAGGAAACCUAAUCUAGUCAAGCUUCUCCUGCUGGCUGCCUUCUAAAACUGCAGGCAUCUCUCAUUACUAGGAUUGAUUUAUCUUGUACUUCACUGCUAUUUUUUCCUCUCCAUUGCAACAAGCUGGUGGUUAUUAUUGUCUCACCAGAGUGGUGCAUGGUUAUCUUCCAAUGCACUCUACACAGGGCUACCUUUGAAGGUGACUCGGAAACUACAACUAAUCCAGAAUGCGGCUGCCAGACUGGUGACUGGGAGCAGCCGCCGGGACAAUAUAACACCAGCCUUAAAGGAUCUACACUGGCUCCCAGUACAUUUCCAAGCACAAUUCAAGGUGUUGGUGCUGACCUUGAAAGCCCUAAACAGCCUCAGCCCAGUAUACCUGAAGGAGCAUCUCCACCCCCAUCGUCCUGCUCAGACAUUGAGGUCCAUCUCCAAGGCCCUUCUGGCAGUUCCCACACUGCGAGAGGUGAGGUUACAGGGAACCAGGCAGAUGGCCUUCUCGGUAGUGGCACCCACCCUGUGGAACACCUUCCCAUCAGAUGUCAAGGAGAUAAACCGCUAGGUGAUUUUUAAAAGGCAUCUGAAGGCAGCUUUUAGUGUUUGAUGCUGUAUUGCGUUUUUACUGUUUUUUUGCUGGGAGCCAUCCAGAAUGGUUGAAGCAACCCAGUUAGAAGGGUGGCAUAUAAAUAAAUAACAACAAUAAUUAUUAUUCCCAUUUUAAAGAUUCACGUUUGCCAGGAUUUCAUUGAAUUUUGGGGAAUGUGUGAGGGGGAAACUGCCUAGGAUUCUCUAGGGGAGGCCAUGUGCUUUAAAUCUGGCUUGCCCUCCCCACUCACCCUGACUUAUGUGGCCUUGAGCAAGUCACUAGCCCUCCUUUCAGCCUCGAUUUGGGCAUCUUUAAAAUGGGAAUAAUCAUCAGAAGUUGGACCUUCAACAUAGCAUUGCACUGCAGCGUGAGAAUUGAUUCAGUUCAGGAUUAGGGGCUGGCCCAGGGCAUUUUGGCACCUGAGGUGAACCCCUAAAUGGUGCCCUGGCUAGGGAAGCAGAGGUGGACGUGAGGGAAGAUCUGCUCCAGGAACAAGGAGGGAAGAAAGGUCGACAUUGGGAUCUGCUGUCCUGGUGAAUCCUGCCCCCUGAGGCAGUCGCCUUCCCUGGCCUCAUGGGUGGCCGGCCCUGUGCAGGAUACUCCAUUGAGUCCUCUCUCCCACUAUCCACGUCACUAUCUAGUGUUCCACUGAACUCAGUAGAAUUUUUAACUUUUGAGGAACCGUGCCUAGGGCAGUGUUGCAAAAAAACAACAACCCAGGAAGAUGCUUGAGUCAUCCUCAGGGCUGAGAUUUAUGCUGAUUGCACAAGCAAAACAGUUAACCCCUACAGCGAAACAAUAAAAUUAACUUUUUAAAAAAAGCAUUAUUAAAAUAUGUCUGUCUGAAGUGGUAUAGACAGUCUCCACCUCAUUCUGCUGCCUCUGUAGGCAUAGGCAAAUGUAACGCACACUCCAUCUCCAAAGAAAUUAAGAGAGAUGAGAGAUCCGAUCACAGUCUUGUGGUUAACCUUGCCAAAAAAAAACCCCAAGCCAUUUCCUUGAUCAAAAAUCCGUUGGUACGUUUUGCUGUUGGUGGUUCGAGCCCACCCAGGGACGGCUGUGUGCAAGAAUUCCUGCAUUGCAGGGGGUUGGACUAGAUGACCCUUGGGAUCCCUUCCAACUCUCCAAUUCUAUGGAAAUCCUUCUCGCUCUUGCUUUCUUGGGAAGGGGGGGGCGGUGAAACACAGACGAAAACAACAAAACUCUCUUUUGCUCUGAUCUCUGCUUCUCAGCGUUGCUCUCUCCUUCCUCCCCCGCCUCCCUCCUCCCCGUAGGUAGAGAGAUUCCGAGCUAGGAUUGGUGGAGGAAUUCUGGGGGGGCGGGAGAAGGGGGCGUGUGCGCUACUAGUACACCCGCGGCCGGCAGAGCGAUCAGUUUUGCAGCUGCGGAAAGGCGCGCCGGGUGUUAUUUUUUUAUCUGCGCUGCUGGAUUGAUAGAGUUAGGUUCAUAUUUAUUUUAGCUCCAUAAUUUAGACGGGGGGUGGGUAGGUGUUGUUAGGAGGUUGCGCAGAGCUGCACCGGUGCGCGGAGCUGCUUGGACCUCGGGCGAAGGUUCUCGCGCAGAGGUUGGAUCUUGUGGAGGGCUGCGCUCGGGAGAGUCGAGGUGAAGUUUUCCUCUCUAAGCCUCCGAGUUCAUCUCUGCCGUGGAAGCCCACGCUUUGGCGCCCUGAAGAGACUCGGGAAGAUUUGCACAGAGGCGACAGAAAUUGGAGGAAACUUGUAGCCUAUAUCCGGAGAUCCUUUGACCCAGGUAAAAAGACGCGCGUGCGUGGGAACGAGCGUUUCAGUGUCUGUCAGUGCCUUCGGGUUGAUGUAGCGUCGUCUGAGCGCACCAGCGAUGUGGACCGUGUUGUACGCUUGACUCGUGAAGUUCCGCCGAUUUCUGCCGGGUUUCCUUUUCCCAAGGUGUGGUUUUUUUUAGCAUUGUGGCCACCCAUGAAAUUCACCUCCCUUGCUUCCAACAGCUUGUUGUCUUUAUUUUUCGCGGACUUGUGCGGAGGACCAGAUCCUGCGUGCUAUAAAACGCUUCCUCGGGAGUAGACCCACCGUGGAUUAUUAGUAUUUUAGUGACGCGCUAUAUUGAGUGGAACGUGGGAGGGCCCCUUCUUUGGAAAUCAGUGUAACUUACAGCGAAGUGCUUUGCGCUACUGAGCCAAGGAGAUUGGAAAGAGAAGGGGGGGCAAUCGGGAGCGUGGUUUCCAACCUAUAUGGCCACGUUCCCGGGUCACAUAAACCAGUUUAUUCGCUCUUGAAACUAGUUUGACGCAGGGGUAGCCUUGGAUAACUUAGGGAUGCGCGCACAUUAUAAUUUUAAGCGCAGUACUCUUGCUUAAGUGACACAUGGAUCGCUAAGUUGCAUUGUUUACCUUUCUUUUUUGUAAAAAAUAUAUAUAUUUAAGGGGGUCAUCAGUAUUUUGUCACUUGAAUUCAGGAUUCCCCUUUUGUUAAUUUCCAUGCUGCGUAAAAAGACGAGGAAUGCAUUUCUUCCCAUAUAUAGGCUGACUUCCUAGGGCUCUUUUUUUUUUUGUAAACAAGAGAGGAAUUCCAAAAUACUCUCCUCAGUAAUGUAGAGGAUGCAUGGAGACGACUUGCUGUGAGGGGUCAGGGUAUACCUUUCAGGAGGGCAGCUCCUUUGAACAGAACUGAAUAACUUGACAGAUGGGUUGAUGGGAUUUUAUAGGGCAGAUCCAUUCCAUGCACAUUUAAUGCACAGGACUCCCUUGUGGAGAAACCUGGGAACUGUAGUUUCCCCCUGCCAGAGCUACAAUUCCCAGCAUCCUUAACAGACUGCAGUGCCCAGGAUUCUUUUAGGAGAAGUCGCAGGCUUCAAAUGUGUUUUAAAGUGUUGUUCAGUAAUUGGAGUUGAUGUCAAAAGGUGAGAGAAUGGGUGAUUUCAGCUAGGUCCUCUAUUCAAAGGGCUUUGUAAACAGUAAACUGAUACUGAGCUACACUGAAACGCAUCCACUGUGUACUUUAAGCUGUUUGCUUGUCAGUCAGUGAGACUGGUGUAGACUUGUUUGCAACCCAGUGAUGUAACGGUGCAUGGAUGCUCUUUUGUGAGACACCCCCCCCACAGGUACGCCCCUUUAAAGACGGUACAGUAAAAGUGAUUUUUCUUAAUCAAUGCAGGCAUUCUGGCUUUAAUACUGUUUCACGCCUCUCCAAUCUCUGAGCUGUGUGAAAGUCUGGGGGUCUAGGCACUUUCCCAGGGUUCACAUUAAGGCACAACAGAGACUGUGUUGUCUUUAUGAUAUAUGGUCCUUUUACCUACCCUGAACCUAUGAUGGAGGGGUUUGCGCUACCAAAGGUUCUUGCUUCUCCCAAGCUGUAGCCAGGGAUCUGAAAAGAACUGAAACUGAAAUCCUAAAAAACUCCACAUUCUUUUGGUCUCUGCCCACUUGGGCACUGAGUCCUCACUUUCUUAAUGGCUCAUCACCUUGCCUUAGUUAACAACUCGUACUCAUUAUCAGCCUGGCUCUUCCAGCAAUUGAAUUGCUCUGAAAAUUCAGGGGGCUUGAUUCAAUUCUGACCCUUUAAUGGUUCCAGGUAUUUAGGGGAGUCUGUCCCCCCCAAAAAACUAUAACACUACUAAGUCAUCUUUCUUGCUGAACUCUGGCCCCUUCCGCUUUUGCUUAAUAUCUAGCCUGAUGAAGAGUUCUGCUGGACUGAGAAGAUUGCUUGGUGCUUUGUGGCAUUUUGGGUAUAAUACCAGGGACCUUGGAAUUUUCCGGAUAAAAAUGGCAGGUUAACCCUUUAGCUAUGCAUGCUAAUGUAACCUAACCUGUCCUCCUCCACAUAUCUUAUUUAGUAGGUCUCUCUCUGCUAAAAGCUUAUUUAUUUGGCAUUCUGAGAAUUGGUAAAUAGAGCCCCAUCGAGAUGAUGCCAUUGUUUCUGCUCUGAUACGACUAUUGAGUCCCUGCUCCACUAUUUCACUGUGGCAACGUGAUCACAAAACAUACUGUAUUCACUAGGAAGUAAGUUUGACUGGUUUAAGAAAAUGCAACCUAAGCCCUUCUAACCAGUUCCUCUGCUGUUAAUGUUUGCUCAUCUUUGUUUAAAAAGCUUGAAAUCCGAAUUGGAGGACUUCAUGGCGGACAGGAACCAUAGAACCAUAGAAUUGUAGAGUUGGAAAAGGGACUCUGAGGGUCAUCCAGCCCAAUCCCCAGCUAUCCAAGAAUCUAAACUGUGACGGAUGGCCAUCCAGCCUCUGCUUAUAAACCUCAAAGGAAGGAAAGUCCACCACCUCCCAAGGGAGUCUGUUCUGCUGUUGAACAGUGCUUGCCCUCAGAGAGUCAUUCCUGAUGUUUAGUCAGAGUCUCCUUUCUUGUAACUUGAAGCCAUUGGUUUGAGUCCUACCUUCCAGAGCAGGAGACAAGCUUGCUCCAUCCUCCAUGUGACAUCCCUUGAGAUAUUUGAAGAUGGCUAUCCUGUCUCCUCUCAGUCUCUUCUUUCCCAGGCAAAACAUACUCAGCUCUCUCAACCAUUCCUCAUAGGGCUUGGCUUCCAGACCCUUGAUCAUCUUGGUUGCCCUUGGUUCUGCCCACGUUCCAGCUUGUCAACAUCCUUCUUAAAUGGUGGUGCCCAGAAGUGGACACGAGAUGUCAACUGUGGAAUUGGCCCUUUCAACCAUAGCUACCUGUCAUACCUUGAUUAAGCAGAGGGCACUUUGGGACAAUAGCCAAUGAAUUCUCUGUUCUCCUAUCCUAGAACUGAAGCCACGAGGUUAUGUAGAUCAGCCAUACCAGAGUUAGAAUCCUCCUUGUCAACAAUUCGGUGGAAAAAAGAAUUGUCUGGGACGCAAGCAAAGCUGUAAUGAGGGGAUUCUUGAUACAACAGAAUGUAGUAAAGAAAAGAACACAAAAUGAGAAAAAAGAUAAGAUCUUGGACAAAUUAAAAGAAUUAGAGAAGAAAUUAAGAGCGAAUCCAAAGUCACAGCCAACUCUGAGAGAAAUUAAACUCUAUCAAACACAAUAUUCUAAAUUGAUAAAUCAGGAAAUUGAAUGGAAGGUUAAAUUAAUGAAACAAAAACGUUUGAGUCGGCGAAUAAAUGUGGAAAACUGCUAGCUUGGCAGUUGAAGAGAAGACAAAGAUUAAACACGGUUACAAACUUAGAGGUUGAUGGAAAAACAUUCAGAAUCCAGUGGAUAUUAGAAAGUGUUUCCAGAGAUAUUUUAAAAAUUAUACACCCAAGGGCCGCAAGACGAAGUUGAGAUUAAACAAUUUUUGCCAAAAAUGGACUAUCUAAAUUGUCUCAAGAAAACAGGACAAUCCUGAACUCUAAAAUAACACGACAGGAGAUUGAACAAGCUAUUCAGAACAUGCAACUUGGCAAAUCUCCAGGGCCAGAUGGGCUGACCUCCAAGUAUUACAAGACAUUAAAAGACUAUUUGAUACAACCUUUGAUGGAGGUCAGCAAUGAAAUUAUUGGGGGAAGAGGGCACCGGACUCGUGGAAGGAAGCGUUCAUCACAUUAAUACCAAAGUCAGAAGCUGAAAAGACACAAUUGAAGAACUACCGUCCCAUCUCUCUUUUAAAUGUGGAUUACAAAAUAUUUGCAGACAUUUUGGCAAGUAGAUUUAAAAAAGUAUUAAAUGAAGUAAUUCAUAAGGACCAGGCCGGUUUUCUCCCAGGCAGACAUCUGUUUGCUAACACAAGGAACAUUAUUGACAUCUUGGAACUUCUGCAAACAGAUAUAAAUACAAAAGCAGUUUUAAUUUUCAUAGAUGCGGAGAAGGCCUUUGACAAUAUUUCUUGGAAAUUUAUGAUGGGAAAUUUAAAAGAGAUGGGAGUGGGACGGGGUUUUGAGAAUGGGAUUGAGGCGAUAUAUUCAGAACAGAAAGCUAAACUGAUAGUUAAUAAUGUGGUUACAGAAGAGUUCAAAAUUGAAAAAGGGACACGACAAGGUUGCCCUAUUUCCCCUUUGCUAUUUAUUUCGGUUCUGGAAGUGCUACUGAACAUGAUUAGAGGGGAUCGGUUGGUUGAAGGAAUUCAGGUUGGUCAGAAACAAUAUAAACUAAAAGCUUUUGCAGAUGACCUGGUUUUGACCUUGCAGAAGCCAGAGCCCAGUACGAAAAGAGUAUUACAAUUGAUUAAUGAUUUUGGUCGGGUGGCGGGAUUUAAAUUAAAUAAACAGAAAACUAAGGUUUUGGGGAAAAAUUUGACUGAUACAGAGUCAGAACGGUUUCAGAAUGAGACGGAACUUAAUGUGGUUAAAAAGUAAAAUACCUAGGGGUAAACAUAACAGCAAUAAUCUAAGUCUAUUUAAGGAUAACUAUGAAAAAUGUUGGUCAGAAAUUAAGAGAGACUUAGACAGUUGGUCAAAAUUGAAACUUUCUUUGUUAGGCCGAAUUGCUGCUAUUAAGAUGAAUGUAUUGCCAAGGAUGUUGUUUUUAUUUCAAACACUUCAGGUUUUGGACAAAACGGAGUGCUUUCAGAAGUGGCAGAGAGAUAUUUCCAAGUUUGUCUGGCAGGGCAAAAAGCCCAGAAUCAAGUUUAAGAUAUUAACUGAUGCAAAACAAAGAGGGGGCUUUGCCCUGCCGGACUUAAAGUUGUAUUAUGAAGCCGCAGCGUUCUGCUGGCUAAAAGACUGGCUACUUCUUGAAGACACUGAUGUGUUGGAUUUGGAAGGGUUUAAUAAUGUUUUUGGAUGGCAUGCAUAUUUAUGGUAUGACAAAGUUAAAGCAAAUAAGGCCUUUAAGAACCAUAUUGUCAGAAAAUCAUUGUUUAAUGUCUGGACAAAAUAUAAAGACUUGCUGGAAAAUAAAACACCAAGGUGGCUUUCACCUUUGGAAGCUAAGGCCCGAAAAAGACCCAAUAUGGAGGCUAAAUGGCCAAAAUAUUGGGAAAUACUAGAAAAAGAUGGAGACAAUUGGAAACUGCAGAGUUUGGAGAAAAUGAAAGACAAAGUGCGAGAUUGGUUACAUUACGCUCAGAUUAAAGAAGUUUUUAAAAAUGAUAAGAAACUAGGGUUCCAGGUGGAGAAAUCGAAAUUAGAAACAGAAUUGUUAGAACCAAAGACUAAGGUACUUUCAAGGAUGUAUAACUUGCUGUUGGAAUGGAAUACACAAGAUGAAAUGGUUAAAUCGGCUAUGAUAAGGUGGGCACAGGACAUUGGGUAUAAUAUUAUGUUUGAGGACUGGGAAAAGUUGUGGAGUAAUGGAUUGAAAUUUACUGCAUGUAACGCUCUGAAAGAAAAUGUAAUGAAAAUGAUUUAUAGAUGGUAUAUGACCCCAGUUAAACUUGCAAAAAUUUACCACCUGUCUGAUAAUAAGUGUUGGAAAUGUAAAGAGUGUGAGGGAACGUUCUUCCACCUCUGGUGGACCUGCCCUAAAGUGAAGGCGUUCUGGGAAAUGAUUUAUAAUGAAUUGAAAAAGGUAUUUAAAUAUACCUUCACCAAGAAACCAGAGGCUUUCCUUCUGGGUAUUGUCAGCCAAGGGGUGGCAAAGAAGGACCAGACAUUCUUUAUGUAUGCAACAACAGCAGCAAGGAUACUUCUUGCAAAACAUUGGAAAACUCAAGAUUUACCCACACUGGAAGAAUGGCAGAUGCAACUGAUAGACUACAUGGAACUGGCUGAAAUGACUGGCAGAAUCCGUGACCUGGGAGAAGAGAGAAUCGAGGAGGAUUGGAAGAAAUUUAAGAACUAUCUACAAAAAUAUUGUGAUUUGAGUGAAUGCUAAAUAAGAUGCUAGACUAAAUAACUGAGCACCACUUAACUUAGAAGUUUUUAAGAAAACAAGUGAGACUGUGAAAGUUUAACUCUUUAUGAGAACCAUAAGAUUAUGAAACAUUGAAGAGAUAUAAGAAUUUAAAUAAGAUGAUAAAUUGCUGACAAAAUGUUAUAACGAUGAAAGUGGGAGCGGGGGAUGUGAGGAAGUCCAAAGAAAAUGUGAAACUAUGUUAAGACAAAUGUUAUAUUGUUCAUUAUGUUUAUUAUUAUUGUAAAACCCAAUAAAUUGCUUUAAAAAAAAAAAAAUAGAAUCCUCCUUGUCAAGCUUGGGGAGCCAGUGGCUCGGCAGGUGCUGUUUGAAUCCAUUAGCCACAGCCAACAGGAGCAGUAGGCUGGGGUGAUACAACCUGUAGUCUAACAACAUAUAGAGAGCCACGGGUUUAGACAGGAUUGUAAGUUUUUAUAUGCAACGACAGCAGCAAGAAUAUUAUUGGCACAAAAAUGGAAGCAAGAAGAACUACAGACGAAAGAAGAAUGGAGCAUGAAGUUGAUGGACUAUGCAGAAUUAGAUAAAUUAACAGGAAGGAUUCGAAACCUGCGGGAUCAGUGAUUCUUAGAAGACUGGAGCAAAUAUAUGAACUAUUUGAAAAGUAGUUGUGAUGAACAGAUUACGCUAGUAGGACUGCAAGAAGUUUUGUAAGGUGGAUUAUUUGAAAUAUUGCAAGAAAGACUAUGAAGAGAAUUAUUCGUUAAGGACAGUUAAAUGUAAUCUAGAAACUAAGAAAUGCAUAAUAAGGGAUAAAGAACGGAAAAUCAUCCGUGGUGUUGAUGGAAGUCUAAAAAUAUUGUAUAAGAUGAGAAGUUACGUUGUAUGACUGUUGGAACUGAUAUGUUAAAAAAAAUCAGUAAAAAUGUAUAUAUAUAUAUAUGUGUAUAUAUAUAUAUAUAUAUAUAUAUAUAUAUAUAUAUAUAUAUAUAUAAAGAGAACCAUGGGUUCCUCCUCCCCAGGAACUCCCAACAGGCUGUCCACUUUAAUGAAGCUGGUGUGUGGCACAAGCAAAGAACAGGGCAAAUCGAGGAGAACUGAAACCUUAUCAUUCAGAGCUGAAGCUUACAGGGGCGGCCGACCUUUAAAAAUGUCUUGUCUGGCUGGUCUACUUCCUCCUCUGUUGGGAGAAUCUGUGCUCGUUCUCUUCCCCUCUCGUUUCUGCACUAACGGGUUUGUUUUGGCUCGCCUUGCCAAGCCUGGAGACGCGGAAACACCCUCCCACAGUGUGGCUGAGUGUUGCUAAGCCCUCUAAAUUUAGGACCGGGUGAGAUGCGGAACAGAGAAAGGGAAGGCAGGGAGAAGAUCUGGAGUUUGGUAGGGCGGCUGCCUUGUUUUGAUCAUAAGAUCUGGCAAGUAAGACUCGGGUGUCAACCGGUGACUCGUCCCUUCCUCCCCAAACAUAGUGUGGAAUGAUUUCUGUAUGCUAGGGAUGGAAACCCUGAUAAUGCCUCUUCGUUGCCUGGGUGGAGCAUGGGGUGUGCGUGUCAAAACUAGACUACUGUACAUUUCUGUUUGUGGUUCCACCCACUCUGGCUCUGCCCAAUGCUCACUUGUAUGUGGCCCUUGGAAAGUGGUUCAGAAGGGAAUGUGGCCCUCAGUCUGGAAAAGGUUCCCUAACCCGGAUUUAUGGCUGUGUGAUAUGGUUGUUGAUGAUAAUAAUAAUAAUAAUAAUAAUAAUAAUAAUAAUAUAUUAUUUAUACCCUGCCCAUCUGGCUGGGUUUCCCCAGCCACUCUGGGUGGCUUCCAACAAAAGAUUAAAAUACAAUAGUCUGUCAAACAUUAAAAGCUUCCCUAAACAGGGCUGCCUUCAGAUGUCUUCUAAAAGUCUGGUAGUUGUUUUUCUCUUUGACAUCUGGUGGGAGGGAACUGCCAGAAGGUCCUCAGCACUGGACCUCGGUGUCCGGGCAGAACGAUAGGCGUGGAGACGCUCCUUCAGGUAUACUGGAAUGAGGCUGUUUAGGAAUUUAAAGGUCAGCACCAACAAUUUGAAUUGUGCUCAGAAACGUACUGGGAGCCAAUACAGGUAUUUCAAGACCGGUGUUAUGUGGUCUCAGCAGCCACUCCCAGUCACCAGUCUAACUGCUGCAUUCUGGAUUAGUUGUAGUUUCCGGGUCACCUUCAAAGGUAGCCCCACAAAGAGCACAUUGCAGUAGUCCAAGCGGGAGAUAACCAGAGCAUGCACCACUCUGGCGAGACAGUCUGUGGGCAGGUAGGGUUUCUGUCUGCAUACCAGAUGGAGCUGGUAGAUAGCUUCCCUGGACACAGAAUUGACCUGUGCCUCCAUGGACAGCUGUGAGUCCAGAAUGACUCCCAGGCUGCACACCUGGUCCUUCAGGGGCACAGUUACCCAUUCAGGACCAGGGAGUCCUUCACACCCGCCCGCCCCCUGUCCCCCAAAAACAGUACUUCUGUCUUGUCAGGAUUCAACCUCAAUCUGUUGGCCACCAUCCAUGUAUCGAAGCAGCUUUUGCAUGCUGAUAGAUUUGUCAUCAGUGUGGUUAGGGUGAUACUAAAAGUGUAGAAGAUGGACUUCAAUUAUUAUAUACUGUUGUUGGGAGGAGAAACUACCCACGUGUUGUUUUUUCUAUAUCAGAGUUGGGCAAACCUGUAUUGCAAUUAUUCUUCUGUGGGAAAGGUUGCAAGCAAUCUUUCCAAAGAUGGCUUAACACAGGGAUAGUAUUUGCCCCCAUAGAAACUAGCUCCUGGAAAGAGGUGGAAAAAUAAACCGUGUGAGAGAGCAUCAGACAGGGGAAAUAGUUUGAAUUUUUUACACCUGGUUAAUGCUGAAUAGAGCAUAGCUGGGAAGGUCUUGUUAACAUCUGACCUUGUUUAGAGAUGGCAGGUGGCAAGUGGACCUGCAACAAAAUCUUGCAGUAUAGAGUACAGCCACAUGAGGGAUGGAGCAAACUUGCUUUCUCCUGCUCUGGAGGCUAGAACCCAAAUCAAUGGAUUCAAGUUAGAAGAAAGGAGAUUAUGUGCCAGCCAGGCAAAAACCUUCAAGAAGGACUGUUGAGUUGUGUGACUUGGGAAUGUGGGAAGGGCCACAUUCAGGCCCCUGGCUGGUGAUUCCCUAUCUCUGUGCCAUUAUGAAGAACAGAAACUCAUCUGCCAAAUGUGUUUCUAAUAAGUACCGUAGAUGGUUUUAUGCUUUCUCUUGGUUUGCGGUCUUCAGAUCAUUUUCUCUGGAAUUGUUUGUGUUGUCUGUGUGGGAGCACUUGGAUCUGUUAACUGAUGAGGCACACCUGAAAAGCACCCAGUCAGGGCAGUUCUUCCAGUAAUACAUGUUGCGGCCUUCUUUCUGGUGCAGUCUUCUUUCUGGGGAAACUCUGCUAGCCAAGGCAGGUGUCCGCCGUUCCUGCCUCUCCUCCGCCAGUGCAGAGAAAAACUUUGCAGAAAAUAAUAUUGCUGGAAACAUUCAUGGCAGGCAGCAAAUGCUUUUACUCAUGAUCCCGGAUGACUGAUAGGUGGCAUCUGUCAUGAUUUGAUGCAUUUGAGAGCCUUAUCCUCUCAAAGGCAUCCAUUGGAUAUCCCUGGGCUCUACUGUAACGAGAUACAGAAUCUUCUCCCUUGUUACUUUUCCCUGAUCCUGUUAAAUUUACACCAAGAGUUACUGCACUAUCUCUGAUUUGGAUUUGAUCUACCACAGGCUUGGCCAAAAAAGGCCGCUACCCGGUAACAUAAUACUAUGGAUGAGGAUAGGAACAACUGCAAGUCAUUAUUGUAUUGUUGUGAGUUGUGAAAUGAAACCUCACACAAGCAAAAAAGGUCUCGUCCUAUAUCAGCCUUUGCCACCCUGGUGCCCUCCAGCUGUUUUGGACUAGAGGAUGGGAGUUCUAGUCUGAAACAUCUGGAGGGCACCAGGUUGACAAAGUCUGCUAUUAGUGUACUUGGAAGCCUGUGUGUGUGUCUAGCCUAAUGUAAAAAUAGUCAGAGUGAAGCCAAGUUCCUGAGACAUAUUGCAAGAUAACAGAGUGACUCAGAGCUGCUUUCCUCGCUCUGUAGAGUUUUGUUUUCCAAGUGCCCCAUAAAGCGUGUGGGUGUGCAUGCCUUAAGUCUGUCUGAAUAAGAGGUUAAAAGUUAAAGUCUCUUAAUCAUCCCAAAAGCAUUCCCCUCUGUAACAUUUUCUUGUAAGCUGUACACCGAGAUAAAGAGUCCCCUUUUCUUUCCCAUCUACUGUGUCUUAAUGUGUACUUGGAAGAUCCCACUUAAUCUGUUGACUUUGUAGGUGUGAUGAUUUGAGAGGCUGAGACUUUGAUCCAAGGGUUUGGAGUCAGGUUCCACCUUCUGCUCAACUGGAGAAUUGCUGGCUGAUGAAAUAACCCAGCUGCUGAAGGCUGGCCGUCCUGAAACCAGUUCUUCUUUCUCAUCCUGCUUUUGAUCAAGUUUUAUAUUGGAAGAAAUUAGCAUCGCUGCAAUUGGAUUAGAUUUCACCAGACAAGAAAGUCCUGAGGCUGCAUGCAUUUCUUCAGAUCCUGAACUCUGUGCUUUUUUGUCGAAACCCAUCUUGUGGCUAAUUGAUAUAUUUUCACGUGUCUGUGUCAAGCAUCUUAGCUGUACACCUGUACAAAUUCUAAGCUUGUGAACAGCAAGCGCGCAGGGAGGAGGGUUGAACUUUCAUAUACAGUCGUACCUUGGAAGCCGAACAGAGUCCAUUCGACUUCUGAAACGUUUGACUUCCAAAGCGCGGCUUCUGAUUGGCUGCAGGGAGCUUGUCAGAUGUUCGGCUUCUGAAAGAACAUUUGAAAACUGGAACACACACUUCCAGUUUUCGAUCACUCAGGAGCCAGAACGUUCGACUCCCAAGGCGUUUGGGAGCUGAGGUACGACUAUUUGCAAAUGCAGAUAUGUGCAUUUAGUUAGGAGGGAGCCAGAAUUGGUGGCGGAUCCUCAAUAAUUGUAUUUUAAACAGUCAACUUGGAUCAGUGUCACAUUUCUCCUCAGCUUCUGCACUCCACCAGCAGAACCAAGAGAUGCAAAUUUUGGGAGCUUAUCUGAGGCAAACUGCAGUGCCUUAGUCUGAUUUUGUGGGAUGGCAUAGAGGAAGGAAAUAGGAGAAGUGGCAGGAAGAGAGAAGUUUCCUUGCCCACUGUUGAUUCUGCCCACACUCAGUUUAGACUUCUUUUGAAUGGGGCCUUCAAGAGAAAAUUGUUCUCCUUCCCCUAAUCUAAGGCAUGGAUAGGCAACCUAAGGCCCGGCGGCCAGAUCCGGUCCAGUCGCCUUCUAAAUCCGGCCCGCAGACAAUCCGGGAAUCAGUGUCUUUUUACAUGAGUAGAAUGUGUGCUUUUAUUUAAAAUGCAUCUCUGGGUUAUUUGUGGGGCAUAGGAAGUCAUUCAUACCCCUCCAAAUAUAGUCCGGCCCCCCCACAAGGUCUGAGGGACAGUGGACCCGGCCCCCUGCUGAAAAAGUUUGCUGACCCCUGAUCUAAGGUAUCAACAAUGAGCACUUCUGAAAAUGUUACCAAGCCAGCUUCAAUCCUGGAUAAACCAAAUUUAUUAAAAAGGAAAUAACCUUGAGAUCCUUGUACUCCCUAGCAUUAAAUACAGUCAUACCUUGGGUUAAAUGUGCUUCAGGUUGAGUGUUUUCAGGUUACGCUCCAUGGUGACCCGGAAGUAACGGAAUGCGUUACUUCCGUGUUUCGCCGCUCACGCAUGUGCAGAUGCUCAAAAUGACGUCACGCGCAUGCGCAGAAGCGGCGAAUCAUGACCCACGCACGCGCAGUCGCGGGUUGCAUUCUACUCAGGAUGUGAAUGGGGCUCCGGAACGGAUCCCGUUCGCAUCCAGAGGUACCACUGUAUCAGGACAUCUUAGUAUUUUAUUUUAUUUUUAAUGAUAUACCUGACACAUAAAUCUGCUCACAGGUUCAUCUACCCCAGCACAAUCUUAUUGGGAACAGCACCAGGGGCCUCAGGCCUCUUUCUGAGCCUUGCUAUCCAAAAUCCUUGAAACCAAGUCUGCUCCUUCUGCAGGUUCUCAAGUGCGGCCAUUCCCAACAUGGUGCCCUCCAGACAGCUGUCCUGACUGGGGGUGACGUGAGCUGCAGUUCGAAACAUCUGGAGGGCACCAGGUUGGGUAAAGCUGCUCUGGCACUUGUUCACCAUUUGGGUUCACACACCCAAGGUUAAGGAAGCACCAGCCCCUGGAUUAGUUUGAUCUGUGAGGCUGAAAACUAGAACGGUGUGCUACACUUGAGCAUGGAGCGUUGCCCAGCAGCCCCUCCUUCCCGUCCUCCAGCUGCUUGGUUGUAAAUAAUGACAUAGAAAAGCAGCUUUUUGCCUCAAACGAUCUCCUGCUGCACGGGGGAAGUUUUAUUGCAGGCUUUGGCUGGGGCCUAAGUCCAUCGUGCAUCCCCUUCAGAUUAAUUCACUCCGUAAAUCUCUCUGCAACCGAAUGGGCCAGAGGCGGAAUUCUCCCAGGGUCCUUGGCGGAAUUGUCAUGCCAUUAUUGUCCUUCUAAUUCACGCUAAGCAAGCUGCUUGGAUCUUGGGGUUCUGAAACGCAUAAGCUUUGCCUUUUGUUUUGUUAAAAAGAGGGGUAGGGGAUGCGUUUAGAGGAAGCUCGGCUGGUUUAAGCCCGGCUUUGAAGAAAACAUGCAGAGAGAAGGGAGAGAAAAAAGAUCAAAGAGAAACUGGUCUUUAAAAGGCUGGUGCCACUUAAGGACAAUGCGGUAGUCAUAGUGUAGCACCUCUUUUUCCCCAAGGAGACCCCCCGCCCCCCAGACAACGUUCGAAAUUCGACAGGUGCCAGGUGCAUUUUGCACCUGGCUAUUGGCCCUUUGCAACCAAGGGAAGAUGCCCGGGUGCCAAGAUGGUGUCGGACGUCUCCACCAUCUGGAGGUGCAUGCGUUGGAUCUUGACCGUUUUCACAUGCUAACAACACAUCCUGUAGAAUUCUAUCCACUAUAUUUUAUCUGCACGAUCAGAAUGAAUUCCAGGAACCAAAAGGUUAUACAGUGGUACCUCGGGUUACAUACGCUUCAGGUUACAUACGCUUCAGGUUACAGACUCCGCUAACCCAGAAAUAGUGCUUCAGGUUAAGAACUUUGCUUCAGGAUGAGAACAGAAAUCGUGCUCCAGCGCCGCGGCGGCGGCAGCGGGAGGCCCCAUUAGCUAAAGUGGUGCUUCAGGUUAAGAACAGUUUCAGGUUAAGAAUGGACCUCCGGAACGUAUUAAGUACUUAACCCGAGGUACCACUGUAUUGGAAAAUACAACUCUCAAGUUGCCUGGCCCCAAAAUGGGGCAUUCCGUUUUGGCGACUUUAACCCUGGUUUAAGGAGCCCUGGUUUAAGGACCUAGCUCAUAUAUCUUGAGUCUCUAACGCUGCCCUCUGAUCUGCUCUGGAGGGUCCCUCAACUCCUCAGAGCAGACUGGGGCGGCACCUAAGGGAGCCACAGAGGGGAGCAAGGAGAAGUCCCAUUACACAGCUGUAUAUUCCUGCAUUGGGGGGUGGGGUGGGUGGACUGGAUGAAACUCAGGGUCCCUCCCAGCUCUGUGAAUCUAUGAGCAAAUGCCUUUUUUCUCAUGGAUGGGCACAACUGGAGAUUGCCCAGUGUGUUUCGUUCUGUCAAGAAUUUGCCAACAAAAGCUGAAUUCUUUGAUGAUUUAAAUCUAUGAGAAACCUUUUUCUCUGCAUGAAUGCCUGUUGAAAUCCCAUGGAGCCCAUUCUCCCCUUACACCCCCCCCCCGGUACUGUUUGCAUUAGAUGAGGCCAUCGACAGGUGGCCUAUAUUUAUCCCCUUCACACUUUCAUAUCUGCUCUGACAUUUGGACAAUGCGUCGUGCGUCUCAUUCGGUAACCUGGCCCGAGCGAGUGGUGCAUUCCGAAUGAACGACCAGCAUCCCUCGCCUUCCCCUCCAAUGUACAAGCAGACACAGAAGUGAUGCCAUAUUGAAUUAAAUUGGUGGGCCAGGCCAAGCCGUGUCAGUGCUACUGCAGUAACUGGCUGCUGGUGGGAAAAUGAAAUUGAUGCUCUUGCAGAAGUAAACAUCCAGGCAUCCUGAUCCAGCAAUGAACAACUGGGCUAUACAGGAAACCAACUUGCAUAUGUCAGUGAGCAUAUCUUGAUGCCUACUUAGGAACAUAGGAAGCUGCCUUAUAUGGAGGGGUCAUGUAGACUUGCGCUUGUCCCUGUGCUAGAAGCACAGAUCUGAGUGCAAGCCUGCAUGCACUUUAGCGAUAAACUGGUGCAAACGUCGAUCCGGAAAAAACCAGUUGACAUUUGCUCCGAUUCAUUGGUAAAGACUGGAUUUCUCCAGGGGAAAGCAGUAGGGGAAGGGGAAGUAUGGAGGAGCCCCAAGUCAGGUUAUCAGUCCAUCUAGUUCAGCAAACUUUUUCAGUAGGGGGCCGGUCCACCGUCCCUCAGAACUUGUGGGGGGGCCGGACUAUAUUUUGAGGAAAAAUAAUUGAACGAAUUCCUAUGCCCCACAAAUAACCCAGAGAUGCAUUUUAAAUAAAAGGACACAUUCUACUGAUGUAAAAACAUGCUGAUUCCUGGACCAUCUGUGGGCCAGAUUUAGAAGGCAAUUGGACCGGAUCCAGCCCCCGGGCCUUAGUUUGCCUACCCAUGAUCUAGUUCAAUAUUGUUGUUGUUUUUUUUAUAAUUUUUUAUUAAGGUUUAAACAAAGAAAAAAGAAAAACAACACACACAAAAAACAAUACAAAACUUAACAAUAAAAACAUAAAACAUAACAAUUAAAAACAAACUCUCUUUUCCAUUUCCAAUUUUAAAUUACUUAUUUUCUGGACUUCCUCAAACCUCCCUCCCUCAUACCUCCAAUCCACAUUAUUUGUCCAGCAGUUUCUUUUCCACUUUUUUAUCCCAAUCUUUAAUUUAAUAAAAUGUUAAAAUAUAUACCGUAACUUCAACUUUUUUUAAACCUAAUCCUUACUCUUAAUGUCAUAUAGCUUUAAAUUUUUCCCUUUUAUUAUCAAAUUUCCAUUUCUUUAAACAUCUUUAAUCUUAAUCUUUAAUCUUAAUCUAUCCUUAACUUUAACCUGUACAGCUGGAAACCACUUAUUUUCAAUCCAACAUCACUCUAACAUUCCUUAAUUUUGCAGUGUUUCUGAAGAUAGUCUUUGAAUUUCUUCCAGUCUUCCUCCAUCGACUCUUCUCCCUGGUCACGGAUUCUGCCAUGAUCUAGUUCAAUAUUGACAGGUAACAUCUCUGCAGGGUUUCAGGAAGGGAGUCUUUCCCAGCCCUGCCUGGAGAUAGCGGGGAUUGAACCUGCAACCUUCCGCAUGCAGAGUAGAUGCUCUGCCAUUGAGCCGUGGUCCUUCGCCUUGCAUGGUGAUGCUCCUCAUGGCUCCAAUGGAACAGAGUGGCUCAGUCAGUAGAGCAUGAGGCUCUAACAUCUCAGGGUCGUGGGUUCAAGCCCCACCUUGGACAAAAGAUUCCUGCAUCCCAGGGGCUUGGACUAUAGAUGGCCCUUGUGGUCCCUUUCAACUCUGCAGUUCUAUGAUAUGCAGAGGAUAAAUUGUUUAGAUUUGGACAGGAGUUGUCGUCUUUAUUCUAAAUCUUGCAUCCUGUGUCCUUUUGGGUGACAGCGAUAGGAUUCCAAUACAUUUGCGCUUGUGCUAAUUCCUAAUUUGCGCUCUCUCAGCUGACUUUCCCAUCAAUGAAAGGCUUGGGAAACAUUUUCCCACUCUGAAUUCAAGCAUACUUAUCAGUGUCUUAUGCGAAUGUAUUUUGAAAUGUUUACAUUCAAGGAUGUAUUGGAAUUUGCUGGUCCUUUGUUUGUUUGGCUUUUAAAAAACAAGCAAACAAACAAGGGAUGCUUUUGCCUUUAGAUGUCUAAAGUAGGUCUCUGGAUCCCUCCCAUUAUCUCAUAUCCAAAAAAAUUAUAUUGGUGAUAUAAGGAAGAGUCUGGGUGUUCUGUUGCCUCUAGAGUAUGACAAAGAGAUGUCUAUGGGAAGCAUCUUUGGGGGAAACUGGUGCAUGUUUCUGUUUUGGGUUUUGCAAAGUAGCAGAUGGAAGGAAGUGAUGGGGAAAAGGAGCUCAUCUGCGGCCAUGAAGUGGCCAAGUACCAUUUGUCUCUUCUCUUUCUGCUGCUGGUGAUCCCCUCUGAAGACAAAGGGACUUCCUACCCACUUCUCCUUUCCCCAACUGCCUUCUCCUUCCAAAGCAGCAUGUGGCAUUCUCACACUGCCUAAAAUUUCACCUGCUGCGCGUCUGUCCCCUUCUGCGAAGGCACGUGGGUCUGUUUUAUUCUUUCCCUUCAUGCACACAUGCACAUCCCCCACCCCUCCUGACUUAUUGGUGCUGGGAGGAAUCCAAUCCCUGGUCGAACAGCUGCUCAGAGUGAUGAAUGUGACUUUUCAGAUGCUGAGCCUGCUGCCGUCCCUUAUUUUGAUGCAAAUCUCCUUUGGCAUCUUGAAAAGAGGGAUUAGCGAAGGGAGGGGGGGGGUUAGGCAGGCCAGAGGAGUCUCUCCAGCUUGGUGUGCCUUCCACCUUCCCCAAGUGACUGUGUUUUAGCUCUCUGUCUUAUUGUUUCCUUUCUCAAUCCUCCAAGUCUCGUGCAGAGUUUGAAUGCCUUCAUUGUCUUGACCUGUUGCCAGAAGCAAGCCAGACCCUUUGGCUCUCUGUGCUGCAUGGUGCGUUUUCUUCCUUUCAUUUUUUUUUGUCCCCAGGAAUCCAGCUAAUAACUUAAUAGCUUCUCCUUGCCUCCCUCCGAAACGUGCUUUGUUAGGAGUUUUGGAGCACACAGAUGGAGAAGGAGGAUGGGGAGAAGCUACAUACUGACAGGCUGUUCUGUUACCACUUGUUUUCCAAAAUCGGCUCCUUUCCUGGACUGGAACACACCAAGUCCUGCAUUUAUUUACUAUUUAAAAGAGUCUUCCCCCCAUCAAAACAACAACAACAUCAGCAACAACAACCCCCAAUCUCUGGAGGAUUGGGCACACAAUAGAGCAUGGGUAGGCAAACCCACAUGGAUGGUGCUGUGGGUUAAACCACAGAGCCUAGGGCUUGCCAAUCAGAAGGUCGGUGGUUCGAAUCCCCGCGACGGGGUGAGCUCUCAUUUUUUGGUCCCAGCUCCUGCCAACCUAGCAGUUCGAAAACACGUCAAAGUGCAAGUAGAUAAAUAGGUACUGCUCCGGCGGGAAGGUAAAUGGCAUUUCCGUGUGCUGCUCUGGUUCGCCAGAAGCGGCUUAGUCAUGCUGGCCACAUGACCCGGAAGGUGUACUCCGGCUCCCUCGGCCAAUAAAGCGAGAUGAGUGCCGCAACCCCAGAGUCGGCCACGACUGGACCUAAUGGUCAGGGGUCCCUUUAGGCAAACUAAGGCCCGAGGGCCGGAUGUGGCCCAAUCGCCUUCUAAAUCCGGUCCGCGGACGGUCCAGGAAUCAGCAUGUUUUUACAUGAGUAGAAUGUGUCCUUUUAUUUAAAAUGCAUCUCUGGGUUAUUUGUGGGCAUAAGAAUUCGUUCAUUCUUUUUUUCCAAAAUAUAGUCCGGCCCCCCACAAGGUCUGAGGGACAGUGGACCGGCCCGCUGCUGAAAAAGUUUGCUGACCCCUGCAAUAGAGAAAGAGAAGAGGUGGCAUCUGCACUUGCAAUGCUAUCUUUGCGGGAAGGGGGGGAAUCAAGCACUUUCCAGGCACACAUGUGUGUGCAGUGUGCUGGGACUCUUUUUUGCAGAGUCUCAGCUGUGUUGGGUGGAGAGCACAGUUCAUGGAGAAUAAGGCUAUCAGUGACUUCUAGCCACUAUGGGUUGAAGGCAGCACUGCUUCUGAAUGCCUGUUGCUGGAAACCACAGGAAUAGAAAGUGCUCUUGCGUUCCAGUUCUCCUUGAGGGUUUUCUGCAGGCGUCUGGCUGGCCACUGUGAGAACAGGAGGCUGGACUAGAUGGGCCACCAGCUGGAUCUUCUUAUGGACGAGAGAAGAAGAGAAACUGCCUUAGGUCAUCGGUCUGUUGAGUUGUCUGUUACAAUCGGCAACCAGCUCUCCAGGGUUUCAGGAAGGAGUCAUUGGCCCCACAGGAACACUAUACCAAGUCAAACCAUUGGUCCAUUUAGCUCCGUACAGUCUACACCAGGGGUAGGCAACCUAAGGCCCAUGGGCCACAAGCGACCCACAUAGGGGUCAUUUAACCGGCCCACAAACCACCUCCGAAAUGAGCCACCAGCUGGGCAAGUCCCUGUGUGCUGCGCUAAACCAGCAGAGUGCAGGGACUUGCUUCCGCGGUGCCGGAAAUCGCGUCUGCGCAUGUACAGAUGCCAAAAAUAAUGUCUGUGCAGACGCAGACACCGGAAAUCAUGGGCGCACGCGCUUACGUGCAUGUGCAAUCCGGCCUGCUGGAGUGAACCGGCCCAGGCGAGGUAAACCUUGGUACCUACACUGACUGGCAGCAGUCUCUAGAGCUUCACAGAAGAGUCACUCCCAAGGAGAGGCUGGGGAUUGAACAGUAUGAAAAGCACGUGCUCUGUCUCCGAGCUCCAGCCAUUUCCUUCAUUUGCUCUUGAGAUUAAAACUGUUGGGAGUCUUGCUCAAUCAAGGGUGUGGAAGCACCGUUCAGGAUGAAUGACACGUGGGGCAUUCUUACGCAGCAGGUUCUCCCCUUUCCUGUUUGACUCCUCCUUGUUGUCCAUUUCAUUAUUUGCAUGCCUGUAGCCCUUGCAGAUGCAUGCGUAUGGAGACAUGCCAACCUCUUGCAUGAAACUGGAACAAAUGUAUAUACCUGGCAAUUUGACUCGUAACCCGGAGGGGCGGGGAGAUGACUGUUCCGACAUCAUUGAUGUGAUCAUUCCUUUUCCCUGAACACGUGGCUGCAUUGAAGAUGGGAUGUGUUGUAGGCUGUGUGACUGGAAAUUGUUGUGUUGUCGUCUUUGGCGAUCACUCGUAGCCGAGUAAGAGUAACACGGUUUUAACAAUGAGUCCAUAAGUACUGUGGAGGCCAAUUCUGGAUCCACAAAUCCUCCCACAGCGGGGACAUAGGUUUCUGGGCAGGAGUUGAUCAUGGUGAGGGUUUGCCAAGCGAUGCCCUCCUCUUAGCACGUUUCUCCCUUUCAUCCUGAGUUUGAGUGUCUUCAAAGCCCAUGACACCUUUAGUAAAGGCUGAUCUCCAUUUGGAGUGCUCACAGGCCAGUGUUUCCCAAUUGUCGGUGUUUAUACAACAUUUACUGAGCGGGAGUUGAUCACGGUGUGCAGUGCCUCAACGACAUAGAAAGUCUGUUGCAUUUCCAACAAAAGAGCAGCGAUUAAGUAGCACUUGGAGCCACUGGUUGAGAUUGAAGCAUCCUCUGUGUGACAAAACCCUGAUGCAUAAACCUUAGACCACGGCAGCCAUCCAGGAUGCUCUCUGGUCUGGACUGUGCUAGCCAAAACAAAACAGCCGGUGAAGAUAAUCCCUGUUGCCCAGGACAGGGUGUGUCGACAUACCUCUUGCUCUUUCUUGUGGAAAGUCCACCAAUCUAGGAUGCUUGAGAAUGAUGGUUCCCAAGGGGAUGAGAGGGUAGAGGGACUGUAGAAGAUGUGAUAUUCCAAGGGAGGCAGAACCCGAAAUCCGUGUCUGUUCACAUAUCAGCAAUGGAGCUGAGUCGGUGGGCAAAGAGCUGUAGGUACAGUCCUGACUGAUUCAGGAUUACAGCUCCAAGUAACUUCCCUAGAGGAGACUGACAAUGAGGAAUUUUUGAAGUAUGGACAAUCAUCAGGAUUCCAUGCAGAGGUUCUGUUGCAGGUGUGUGGAAGGAGCACCAUUGACCCUCCAGGUGAACUUCAACUCUCAACAGCCUCAGUGAGCAUGGGAAAUGACCAGGGAAGGUGAGAGAUGCAGUUCAGAAAUACCUGGAGGGCAGAAGGUUCCCCCUUACCAGUUGGCUUCUUUGAGCCAUGUGCCACCUUAAGAACCUCCACGUUUGUUGUGGUACACACUUUCCCCAGUAGACGAAACUACAGACUUGGGUUCCAAUUACAGCCUUUUGACACAACCAUACUGGAUGGUUUGGAGCACGCCUCUGUUGUCCAGUCCAGCCUUCCACAAACUUAGAUCUUCAGGUGUCAUUGGACUACAAUUCCCAACAACUCUGACUGUUGGGCCUUGCUGGGGCUGAUGGGAGUUGUAGUUCAGCAACAUCUGAAGACUCACGGUUCAGAAAGGCUGGUGUGGUCUAACCACACCUUCUCGAGUAUAAAACGGGAUUUAUGAGUUACCACAAAGGAUUUUCGUGGGGAUUAAGAAAGGGAAGAAUCAUAAAUGAAUUGCCUCGCCUGAAUAUUGUGUACAAACCUUUCUCCUUCCUCUGUAUUUGCUUAGGAAAACAUGCCGCAGACUCCUCCCUUUGCAGCGAUGUUUGACAGCAGCGGUUACAACCGAAACCUGUACCAGGCCAAAGAGGACAGCUGCGGAGGACUCUAUUACCAUGAAAACAACUUGCUGUCAGGAUCCUUGGAAGCCCUGAUCCAGCACUUAGUGCCCACUGUUGAUUACUACCCUGAUGUAAGUCUCCUCCUUUUGCAAAUUAAAUUGGCCCAACCUACUGUGCAUUAGAAAAGGGAUGGGGAAGUAGGGGGUGAGGGUUGGCUCAGGUGUGUUGCGGGCAGUAUGGGGAAUGACUUGUUCUGUGAAGGGUCUGCCAUUCACAGCCUUAAGCUCUUUUUCUUGUCCAACCGGAGUGCAACAUCUCUCAAACACAUUGGGCCACCGUCCACUGAGUGAUGUUUGCGGUAUUUCCCCCCUCCCCCAUUUGCUAAGCCCCCAAGGCAUUCAGCAAUACUGCAGGCUAUUAAAGUUGUUUGUCUGUGAAUUGGGGUCUCAUUCACACACACCCUCUCCUUCCCCUAUUCUCUCAGAGAGUGUGCAAAAGGUCCCGGUUGUUUCCAGCAUCUAUGGGUAGGGCUGGGAGAGACCUUGGAGCCAGCAGCUGCCAGUCAGUGUAGACAAUACUAAGCUAGAUGGACCAACUGGUCUGACUCUUCAUGAGGCACCUUCCUAUGUUCCUAGGGAUUUGGACACACAGUGAGAUGGUUGAUAUCCUGCUCCUCUGUCAAAAACGACCCAGGAGUGUUGGAUCUAUUUUCGCCCCUCUGCCCAUAGAGCAAGCACUAAUUGUCCCACACUAAGUGGUUUUCUAAACGGGAUGCGGGUGGCGCUGUGGGUUAAACCACAGAGCCUAGGACUUGCCAAUCAGAAGGUCGGCGGUUCGAAUCCCCGCGACAGGGUGAGCUCCCGUUGCUUGGUCCCUGCUCCUGCCAACCUAGCAGUUCGAAAGCACAUCAAAGUGCAACUAGAUAAAUAGGUACCACUCCAGCGGGAAGGUAAACAGCGUUUCCAUGCGCUGCUCUGGUUCGCCAGAAGCGGCUUAGUCAUGCUGGCCACAUGACCCGGAAGCUGUACACCGGCUCCCUCGGCCAGUAAAGCGAGAUGAGCGCCGCAACCCCAGAGUCAGCCACGAGUGGACCUAAUGGUCAGGGGUCCCUUUACCUUUUAAGUGGGUUUCUAGAUGCCUGCCCACCAGACUACAGGCUGGGAAAACGCUGCUAUUUGCCACGUAUACACACAGCAAGAUAAGCACCACACCCAAGUCUACAUGCAAUUUUCCCGUUUGGGCAUUACCAUCCAUGUAGAAAACAGCCAUAAGUGAAUUGGCCCCCUUCAGUAUGAUGAGUUUGCUUCUAUUCUCUGUGUCUGAAUACGCACAUGGAAAUCAAAUGUUCAGCUUUCCCUUUGAUCUUCACAAAUGUGCUGAGCAAUCAGUUGCGACAGAUUUCUUAAUGUGUGAAUAUUGCCUUCACUAGGACUCCUUCAGUGUUCCCGUAUUUACUCAAGUCUAAUGCACCAUCAAAUGUCACGCGCACCUCAGUUUUCAGAACCUUGAAACAAAAAGAAGUAUUUGCAGGUGGAUGUAAAUGUGUCAUCGAAUCUAAUGCAUGCCUUGACUUUCGCAAUGUAAUAUGGCCCCAAAAGGUGAGCGUUAGAUUCGAGUAAAUACGGUAAUUACUCAAAUAAACAAGGUUCCUUCAAAACACUCCUUGCUUAUUCAUGUCCAUGCAUGGAAGCUUCGGAUUGAACUGAAUGACACCCUCGUUGAAAACUCACAUGAGGAUUGCUAACUCAUGAAGCUGCGUGGAAUUUUCCAUCCUAUGAUGGCAACAGGACAGGAUUCCAUACUGGAAAGAUGUACACUGUCUGGUCCUCAGUUGUAUUCUCUUGCUUGCAAAAGUGAUAUGGAAUAGAUACUUUGAGCCAUUAAGAAUAUGAAAUUUGGCAUAACAUACACAGACUGCUGGGCUCUAUUUAUGGGGUGCAGGAACCUGUGGCUGAGCUUAUGGAGCAGGGAAGCCUCAGCUGUGAAGAUCUACUUUGAAGAUCACUUAGGAGCUGGCUUCCCAGAGAGUAAAAUAAGUGCAGCUGAAUCGGUUUCACAAAUAAUAAAUUAUAUUCAUUGCUGGAAUUUGCAACAGUCUUGGAAUACCAAACUAGGGCUGGUCAGUUACAGCAGUAAGACUCAUCCUGAGAUUCUGAGCAGUAAGUUUCAACACACAGUGGAUCUACCAAGAAUGCAAGCUUUCUGGUUUUACUAGUGACUGUCUCUCCCAUCUGCCAGAGCAUCUUUGGUUGUUCCUUGAGUUGGUGGGACUCAUUUGACAACAACAAGAAAUCGAGCCUUUAGUGUCAUCACCCCAGUCCUGUGGAAUGCCCUGCCACUAGAGUUUCAGCAGGCGCCUUCUGUGUCAACCUUUAAACACCUCCUGGAAACUUUUCUGUUUUGCCCAGCAAUUAAAAGUGCAUCCCACACAAUGGUCUGUUAGUGUUUGUGUCUAAUUUAUUUUUGCUUUGAACUCACUUUGAACUUUUUAUUACUUUAUUGUUUGGUUUCAUUUUUUAUAUGGUUGUAAACCACUGUGCUAUAUCUUUAUGAUGCAGCAGUAUAUUAAUAUUUCAAUAAUAAUAAUAAUAAUAAUAAUAAUAAUAAUAAUAAUAAUACAAUUUUAAAAAUGGAGGUGGCACCAACCACACUGGUAAAGGAGAUACUCUCUCUCCCUGUUGUUGUUUUUGUUUCUCUGUAGCACUUUAUAGCAAGACCUCAGUACUGCUUGCAUCAAUGCUCUAGAGCAGCCUUUCUCAACCUGUGGGUUCCCAGAUGUUGUUGAACUACAACUCCCAUCACCCCUAGCUAGCAAGGCCAGAGCUCAGGGAUGAUGGGAGUUGUAGUCCAACAACAUCUGGGGACCCACAGGUUGAGAACCUAAUCUAAGGCAUGGGUAGGCAAACUAAGGCCCGGGGGCCGGAUCUGGUCCAAUUGCCUUCUCAAUCUGGCCCGCAGAUGGUCCAGGAAUCAGCGUGUUUUUACAUGAGUAGUAUAUGUCCUUUUAUUUAUAAUGCAUCUCUGAGUUAUUUGUGGGGUAUAGGAAUUCAUUCAUUUCCCCCAAAAAAAUAUAGUCCGGCCCCCCACAAGAUCUGAGGGACAGUGGACCGGCCCCCUGCUGGAAAAGUUUGCAGACUCCUGCUCUAGAGUAGGCCCAUGUGAUUCUCAUGGGAGGCUGAUGCUGAGGUUUGCCUCUCACCACCCACUGAGUUCAAGGUAGAAGUGAGAGUCCCUAAACCACUAGGCAAUGUUGCAUGUUUAGCAAGAGGAUGAAUUUUGAAAUUGCGUACCCAGCAACUCUGUUAUUGACUGCGUGUUUAUUACGCAACGAUUGUCGGCUCAGCUGUGAUGUUCCUUGUCCUGUCUGCUGCCAGCCUUGCAUCACCAGGGUGUGGUGAUGUACCCAGCACAGGUUCUGAAGACAAUGGUGUUUGGCGCAAUGAGGUUUCAAAUGCUUACCUUGGCAGUCUUGGGCGCUCUCCCACGGUAACGCAACAAGUUAGCCUCUGCCUGCUAAAACAUAAGCAUGCGUGUCUUGUUCUAAAUGGCCCCUGUGAAGUUAUGCAUCUUCUUAGCCGCUGUCUCUCUUCACCUGCAGAGAACAUACAUCUUUACCUUCCUGCUCAGCUCUCGGCUCUUCGUCCACCCUUACGAGUUAAUGGCAAAAGUUUGCCAUUUGUGCAUUGAGCAGCAGAGACUGGAUGAGCCCACAGCCGAUAAAGUAAGUGGCCUGCCUAAUCAAUGUGAUUUAGGGUUGCACCCUGCUUAAUGACUGGGACGGAAGGUCAUCUUAGCCAACACAUCGAGGAGAGAUGCAUGUAUUUAUAUUUAUAUAUAGACUCCCAUGAGAGGUGGUAGACUCUUCUUUCUUUUUCUUCUUCUUUUUUUAAUAUAUCUUUAUUAAUUUAAAAUGAAUACAUUUAUGAGAAAACAGACGUACUUGCAAGUAAACAAACAUACAAUCAAACAAAUAACAGAAAAAUCAAACAAACCACCACACUAGAAGAUACAAGAACAUUAAUAUAAUUAUCAUCAUAUACCAGUAUACUGGGGACGCAGGUGGUGCUCGGUCCCUGCUCCGGCCAACCUAGCAGUUCGAAAGCACGUCAAAGUGCAAGUAGAUAAAUAGGUACUGCUCCGGUGGGAAGGUAAACGGUGUUUCCGUGCGCUGCUCUGGUUCGCCAGAAGUGGCUUAGUCAUGCUGGCCACAUGACCCAGAAGCUGUACGCCGGCUCCCUCGGCCAGUAAAGCGAGAUGAGCGCCGCAACCCCAGAGUCGGCCACGACUGGACCUAAUGGUCAGGGGUCCCUUUACCUUUUACCAGUAUACUGAACACAAUUAUAAAACUUAUAGAGAAGAAAUUUAAAAUUGACUUCCAAUUAAUCUCACUGUACUUUAUCCAUUACUUUAUAUCACACAGUUAGAUAUUUCUUAUAUAGUUUCUUUUUACCUCCCUACGAACUUAUAUUUAUACAAUACAGGGAUCCAUCUAAUUCUGCCAAGAUUAUUCCAUGAGAAGUGGUAGACUCUCCUUUCUUGGAGGUUUUUCAGCAGAGGUUGGGUGCCCAUUUUUCAUGGAUUCUUUAGCCAAGAUUCCUGCAUUAUGGGGGGUUGGACUAGAUGACCCUUGGGUCCCUUCCACCUCUAUGAUUUGUUGGCUACAACUUCUACCCCGCCUUUCCUCCAAAGAGCUCAAAGCAGCUACACGGUCCUCCUGCCUUACAAUACACCUUUUAAUGGUUUUCUACCCUUAGUCUGUUUCCACCCUUAGUGAGAAUAGAAGUGGACACAGAAGGGUAGGAAGAGAUCAACAUUUUCUGUUCCGUGUCAGCUUUUGUAUGUGUUCAUCCAUAAGUUCAUUCUUUUCCAUUCUUGAACCAGUAGGGUGUUGUUUUUUCUCUUCCAAACUGCAGAAAAAAACUGCAUUAUCUUUGUACUUUUUUACCCCAAAAUAUGCAUUUUUGUAACUCGUUGGAGAAAUGCAGAAUAACUGUUCCAAUCUAGAAACUGUGAAUUGUGAUCAAACAUACUUUAAAAUGUAGACUGAACAGAAAUCUCAAGCACCCCAAAUGGAAAGUCUGUUUAGUUGAACAGCAAUACUCAGUACAGUGGUACCUCGGAUUAACUGUUCUUCACUUGAAGCACCACUUUAGCUAAUGGGGCCUCCUGAUGCCACCACACCACCGCCACACGAUUUCUGUUCUCAUCCUGAAGCAAAGUUCUUAACCUGAAGCACUAUUUCUGGGUUAGUGGAGUCUGUAACCUGAAGCGUAUGUAACCUGAAGUGUAUGUAACCCGAGGUACCACUGUACUUAGUCUUGAGCCCACCUAAAUCUAAACCAUGAAUAUUCUGAGGGACCACACCUAUGUUCUUUGUCUCUCUCUCCAGAACCGGUUACGGAAAAUUGCCCCCAAAAUUCUGCAGUUGUUAACGGAGUGGACGGAGACGUUUCCUUAUGAUUUUCGAGAUGAGCGGAUGAUGAGGAAUUUGAAGGAACUGGCCCAUCAAAUUGCCAGUGGGGAUGAGGUGAGUCGCUUGCGUGGAGCAUGAGCUUGCUGAUGUUUCAAGAUGUUCCUAAUUACUGCAGAGCGUUUUCUCACAUUCUGCAUUGAAGUGUCUCCUGUGGCCCAGUGAGUUGGACCCAGGGGGAAUUAUAGACUAGUUGUACCUGGAGGGUCACAAUGGCUCCCACCCCUGCUUUCUGCUAUUAGCCAUGGUAGGCUUUGUUGGCAUGCAACCAAGGAAUGGGGGCAAUUGGCAGGCCCCUAGCUGGCUCCAGCCCACCGGCCAGUGUGCCAGGCAAUCUCCAGUCCUUGUUGCAGCAUCUGCGACCCACAGCUUCAAAAGCUGGAGCACGCAACUCAGCAGAGAUAACGCGCAAACAGAAGGGGCGGGAGAAUUUGUGUGAGCAUAUUUACAAUCAGUUUAUUCAGCAUACAUCAGGACAAAAGGGAAACAUGUCCGAUCUCAUGCAAAGCAAGCAGCUUAAAGCAAAAGCUGUACACAAAUGGAAGUUCCCAGCAUACUGUGCUGGAGUGUAAACAGGCAUGUGACACACAACAAUCAUGCGUGUUCCUUAAGGUGGAACAGAAUAUCCCAACAGGCUUUAGAGUCAAAUGACAUAUGCAGGAAUUGCGGAAAACCAAUCAUGUAUGCAGACAAGGUUUUAUCUGGUGGGUGGUGGCCUUGAGUGAUUCAAAGACACUGUCUUGGUGUAGGGCAAGGAGAGAGCGGGAGAUAGAAUCAGAGGAAUUGUAAGAGAUGGAAGGGACCCCAAGAUUCAUCUAGUCCAACCCCUUGCAAUGCAGGAAUAACCCCUGUGUUGAGCCAACUAUCACGUUGUGCUCAUCUGAACCCCAAGGCAUCUCUGAUGUGUGAGCUGGAUUCAACUAAAUUGUUGCACUAGUCCAAGUCCUCCUAGCAUUAACAGGGCUUUCCCGCCCCUCUCAGCCCCCCAUGUCUGCUAGGGAGGGUCAGGGGAACCCACAGUCUGGUGGACGGGGAGUUUGUUACAUCCAGCAAGCAGAAAUGCUUUCGCUGACAGAACGCCUUAGUACAACAUUGAAUUGCACCCUGGGUGUCUUAAAUGCGUGACAUUCUGAUUUUGUAAGAACUUUGCUAAAGGGUAGGGUUGGAAGCACUUGCAAACAAAUACAGUGUACCCUCUGGAUAUGAACUUAAUUCGUUCUGGGGGUCCUUACAUACCCCGAAAAGUCUACAACAUGAGGUGCCGCUUCUGCACAUGCGUGUGGCGCGAUAGAGCGCUUCUGUGCAUGCAUGCGUGGCAAAAUCUGGAAGUAUACACUUCUGGGUUUGCCACGUUUGCAACCCGAAAGUUACAUUACCCAAAGGUAAUGUAACCCGAGGAUCCACUGUAUAAAUCUCCCAUUUUCUGCCGGACAUCGCAAGUGGUAGCAGCGACAUCAUCCCCAGUGAGGCAGUUGGGAAGCUCUGGUCUUCCUUUAAGACAACCCUGCAUUACACCUGACAGGCAGGGAGGAGGAACCCUGGAUCAUUGCCACUGCCCAGGAACGCAGUGCCAUCCAUGAGCCCUGAGAUGCCAUGCAGCAGUAAAGGCCGCUGGAAGGAGUGGGAGAGGCAAUAGUAACAAAUUUCCACCCUAUCCGAUAAACAGAAUGCCAGUGCCAUUCGUCUGGGAGAGGAGGUCGGAACAUGCCUUUAAAGCUUUAGUACAAUUUUUAUAUUGCACCAAUUUUAAAAGGGGAGGGUGGGGAAGAGGACCUCCAUGUUGCAGGUAGCAAGACUUUGGAAGCAUUUGUGGUUUGAAAUCUGCUUUUAUCUAGUGGGGCAGAAGGCAGAGAGGCUAACAGGAGGUAUAGAGUCGGAGUCAAAUGACAGACAGCCAACUCCUGCUUUUGUCCCCAUCCUCCCUGCUGAGUUCGCCCGAAUGGACCAGCCUCCGAGUCUUUUAUCUGCCCAUAUGUUCGCGGUCUCCUGGUGCACUAUGGAAAUCACAUACUUGAGCUCUCCUCCGUGACUCUCCCUCCCUUCCCCGUUCUGCUUUCUUCCUACAACCUCCAACCUAUCGAGCUGCUCUGCAUGUGCUCUGCUUCCAAAAUCCCUUGGGGCCUCUCCCUCCCCACUAUGUCCCCCCCCCAACGCUUAAUCCCAGCUGCUUCUUUCCCCUUUGAUAAACCACCUGUUUGCCAGCCGGUGCCUGUCAGCUGGCAUGUAGGACAGCAAAUGUGUGUGCGUGUGUGUACACACACCAUUCAUUUCUUUGCCCAGAUUGUCCGGAGUUUUGGGCUGGGUUGUCAUCAAUAUGCUGGUGACACCCAGCUUUAUCUGUUGAUGGACGGCUGCCCUGACUCAGCCCCAAACACACUGACCAGAUGCUUGGAACCUGUGGCUGGAUGGCUGUGUGGGAGCCGACUGAAGUUAAAUCCUUCGAAGACAGAGAUCCUCUGGCUGGGUCGGGACAACAUGGGGUUGGGGGAGCCAACUCCCAUCUCUCCUGGGGGCUCAAUUAGUGCCAGCGCCUUCUGUCAAGAGUUUGGGUGUAACCUUUGACGCCUCCCUUUCUACGGAGGCUUAGGUUGCAGCCACAGCAAAGGUGGCGUUUUUCCAUCUCCGCUGUAUUAAGCAGUUGGUCCCUUACCUUUCUCGCCCUGAUCUGGGCACAGUGGUCCAUGCGAUGGUCACCUCCAGGUAACUCGCUCUACGCGGGGCUGCCCUUGAAGCUGACCCAGAAACUCCAGCGGGUGCAGAACACCGCAGCGAGGCUCCUUACGGGGUCCUCGCCACAGGAUCACAUUCAUCCAGUACUAUACCAGCUGCACUGCCUCCCAGUGGAGGACAGGGUCAGGUUUAAGGUGCUGGUUUUGACCUUUAAAGCCCUAUGCGGCCUAGGACCCUCGUACCUACAGGACUGCCUCUCCUGGUAUGCCCCGCGGAGGACCUUAUGGUCCAUACAUAACAGCACUUUGGAGGUCCCGAGCCUCAAGGAGGUUAGAUUGGUUUCAACUAGGGCCAGGGCAUUUUCAGCACUGGCCCCGACGUGGUGGAACACUCUGUCACAAGAGACCAGGGCCCUGCGAGAUUUGACGUCUUUCUGCAGGGCCUGCAAGACGGAGCUGUUCUGCUUGGCCUUUGGCUUAGAAUCACUCUGACCCCGUAUAUGGGAUUUGGUAUAUAAAUUUUCCCUUGGCUUUUUUGUUGUCCCAUGUAGGACCAGCAUGGAUAGCUGGCUUGGGUGAAUAUCUGAUGUUCCCUCCUUUUAUGGUCUUGAUUUUUAAGCUGCAUUUAAAGCCUUAUUUUAAUUAACUGUUUGUUUGUUUGUUUGUUGUUGUUGUUUUCCUAUUACGUUUUAUUGUAAUUCAUAUUUGGUGUUAGCCGUCCUGAGCCUGGCCCUGUCCAGGGAGGGCAGGGUAUAAAUUAAAAUUUAUUUAUCUAUUUAUUUAUUUACUUGGACUGCAUAUCCCACUUUAUCUAUGACGCCCAAUGUGGGACAUUGCAUUUUAUGGAAGCUUGCAGUGCUUUAAUUCUCCCUAAAGGACUUAGAUCGGUUCUGGUUGUUGUUGUUUUUUUAAAAAGGAAGGAGACACUUUCAGAAUGAAAUGGACAACUCUGCUUCAGGCCUACGAAAGGCCCUUGCUGGCCUUGCUUAGUGGCCCAAGAGCCACCUUCACAAAGUGUCCCCACGCAACAUGGGUCCCUUAGCAGGGGUUCCUCAGAUAAAAAGGUUCCCAAAAGAUUAUGUGAGGGUAAUAAAUGUUCACAUAAAAAUAAUAACAACAAAGACUUUCUGAAUCUCGAUGAGUCUCUGUUUCCCCCACCCCCUUAUGAAAAGGCGGGGUGGUUGAGAGAGAAAGCCAGCGUCGCAGUACAGUUCUGGAUGUCAUAAAUUAUUAGUUAUAUUGGCUAGUAAUUCUCUUGGAAGGGUAAAUGCAGGAGGGAGUGACCUUGUUUCUUUUGCACUGCAAUGCAGAUCGCUACAAGAGUUGAGGGGUUUGUAGGAAGUCCUACGUAGGUUUGCCCAUCCGCCCCAGGUGACUGAACGGACGCCUUCCGUUAGUGCUGUUUGCUGUACCCCCCCUCCCCAAAUCUUAACUGCUUUCAACCGCAUCCUGUAUGACAAUAUUGCAACUCGUGCUGGGUUUAAAGCGAGCCUGUCCAGAUCCUGCCCACUAAGGACUGGUGUCAGAAGCCGGUCAGAAAUAAAAUACCCAGCUGUGAGCUAAUUCUUUACUCAGAAAAACCAAAACAGUACAGGCCUAGUGAUCCCUGCUACUCUGCCCAGUAGGUCUUGUCCCAGUGAGGCAGUUGCAAGCACUGAAGGUCCCUGCCUUCCCACCACACUCUAAGGCUCCUCCCCAGUUCCUUUCCCAGCAGCCCAAGGCUCCAUCGUCUUGUGUCUUGUUGCUCUGCCCUCUUCAUUCCUCUCUGGGUUGUAGGGGAUUAGGGGGAGAAGAGCUGGUCACAGCAGAAGGCUGGUCCUCCUCCUCUCCAGCUCCUGAUUCUGGACUGCUCUCUGUCAUAGCCUCUUCCUGCUCACUAAAGCCUGUUGCCUCUCCAGCUUCGGACACCUCCUCUCCCCAGUCUGCUCCCUCUUCUCCCUCUGAGCAUUGUCAUCACACCACCAAUCCCCUGGCUCUUAGCUUUCUUUCCCUGGGGGUUCCCACCAGUCCUCUGCAUCCAGCCAGUCUAUGACAACGGGCGAGAGUUUGGUAAGGUGGCCUUUGUGUCUGAAUGUAAAAUCACAUCCACCCACUUGGAGACAGAGAACUUGAGUUUAUUUAUAUGUGUAUUUAAACAUAUGGAUUAUAUCUCUCAAUCUCUCUCCCUCCCUCUCUCCACCCCCCCCCCACUCACUCACCCCCCCGCCUUUGCAUUGACCUUUAUUAGCUGUCACAUCAAAUUGUGAGAUAAGCAUGUAUAGCUCACCCAACAGGCAAUCGGUGAUAAGGAUAUUCUUUUGUCUUUAGGCUGAGAUAUCUCCCCAGUGAUCACUGAAAGCCAUCUCUCAUUACGGUCUCCCAAGCUGUCACACUCAGUGCCUUUCGGCAGCGGAAUCUGAGUGGGCAGAGAUUUUCCCAUCCAAAAUCCUGUUUAUGCUGUAAUAAAUUUAUAGGUCUUUAAAUGUGCUGCUUUGUUAAAGUGUCGGUUACUCAGUUUGUAUGGAAUGUUAAGCCAAACCAUGGUUUAGAGUGAACAGAUCGCCAUAUGAGUUGAGAUCACAGCGACUUUGCUUCUCGUCCAAUCAUGCUGCUGCUGUGAGCCAAUCCAUGGUUUAGUUUAGCAUUGCAUCCAAACCUGGACUCAGGGCUUAUCUUCUCACACACAAACUAAGAACAGUAAGCUAUAGAACAAGCCUUGGCUACAGAUUGUGGUUUGUCUGGAUCAAGAGUCCAGGUUAGAGUAUAAUACUAAGCUAAACCAUGGCUUGGCUCAAAAACAGUCUGAUUUUGGUUUGUUUGUUUGUUUUUUAAAUGAAGUAGCCUGUACUAAUAUCUUAUUAAAAGUGUCAUGGUGCCAGCACAAAAUGGCUUCCGUGGGCUUCCAGAAGAGAGGUGCUAUACUGGUGAAUACUGCCACCCACAAAAAAGCCAUGGGGAUAACAAUGCCUUACAGGGCUGUGCUAAUAUGAAUCACUUUGAAUACUUGAGGAUAUUACCUCUGCAUGAAGCAUAACUCAAUAACAGAGCCAGUGUGGGGUAGUGGUUAGAGUGUAAGACUAGGGCCCGGGAGACCAGAGUUCAAAUCCUGACUCAGCCAUGAAGCUCACUGGAUAACUUUGGGCUAGUCACUGUAUGUCACUCUAACUUGCCUCACAGGAAUGCUGUGAGGCUUAAAAAGGCGGGGAGGUAUUAUAAUUAUAAUAUUGUUGUUAUUAAAAUGUGCAUACCAUCCUUCAUCCUUAGAUCUCAGGGUGGUUCACAACAUAAAAUUAUAUAAUGAAGGCACCAAGCAAACCUCCCUGGGGAGAGCAUUCCACAAGUGGGGAGCCACCACAAAGAAGGCCCGUUCUCAUCUUGCCACCUCCAGACCUCACGUGGAGGAGGCACACAAUGUAAGGCCUCAGAGGAUGGUUUCAAGGUCUGGGUAGGUUCAUAUGGAGAGAGGCUGUCCUUGAGGUAUUGUGGGCCUGAGCUGUUUAAGGCUUUAUUGGUCAAAACCAGUACUUUGAAUUGGACCCAGAAGCUAAAGUGCAGCCAGUGAGCUUGAGCCAGGAUUGGUGUCAUAUGCUGAAACCGCCUUGCCCCAGUGAGCAGCCUGGCCAUCGAAUUCUGCACUAGCUGAAGUUUCCGAACCGUCUUCAGAGGCAGCCCUGCAUGUAAUGCAUUGCAGUCAUCUAACCCUGUAGGCCACCCUGUCUGUUCUUUGGAGGAACGGUGAGAUAUGAAUGAAAUUGAUUGAUGAAUUAAUUAUUUUCUUUUCCUUUGGCAGAUGUACCGGAAAAAUGUGCAGCAAAUCAUCCAGAAUCUCAUUCGUAAGCUGGCCUCCCUUAGCCAGUACGAGGAGGUGCUUGCAAAAAUCAACGCGAGCUCGACGGACCGGCUGACGGUCCUGAAGACCAAACCCCAGGCCAUUCAGAGGGAUAUCAUCACCGUCUGCAGCGACCCUUACAUGCUAGCCCAGCAGCUGACUCACAUAGAGCUAGUGAGUUGACGCUGUCCUGCUCUGCGCUGCCUCCUUAUCUUGCCAGUGUUCUGUGUUCACCUUUCUUUGACGACUGUGUGUGAACUUUGCCACCGUUCCUGAUUCCUCUCCUUUCCCUUUUCUGCAGGAGAGGCUCAACUACAUUGGACCACAGGAGUUUGUCCAGGCAUUUGUACAAAAGGACCCGCUGGAUAACGACAAGGUGAAUGAGGGGGCUGGGUGGACAUUUGUGUGGGUGCUAGGUUUCAGUCAGUCUACAGGACAAGUUCAGCUAACUCUAUCAGUAGAGCAUGAAGGCCUUCAUCUCAGGGUCGUGGGUCCGAGCCCCACGUUGGGCAAAAGAUUCCUACAUUGCGGGGUUGGACUAGAAUCAGUGGUUCUCAACCUUGGGUCCCCCGAUGUUUUUGGCCUACAACUCCCAUGAUCCCUAGCUCACAGGACCAGUGGUCAGGGAUGAUGGGAGUUGUAGACCAAAAACAUCUGGGGACCCAAGGUUGAGAAAGGCUGUGUUAUGUACUGAAGUUCUCACCCUCGGUCAGCAGAGGGGGAUACUGUAGAUAGUUUUCACUCAGGUCCACAUAUGCAAAUAAGGGAUUGAAAGUGAUGUGCAGUGAUUGGAUAGUUACAGGAAAUGGUUACAGUUGCGUUGUACUGGAGCUCUAUAUAAGCAGGCUGGCUGAACCCUUCAGUUCAGUUCUGUGCUGGCCUGUGAAUAAACAAGAGCUGUUUGAAGAAUCGCUGUGUUGUCUGAUAUGUUCACCCACAACUUAACAGGCUGGACUAGAUCAUUCUCUUGAUCCCUUCCAACUGUAUAAUUCUGCGGUUAUGCGUGAUUCUGCCACUGAUAAUCUAGGGUUGCAAAACUGAGACCAGGACUAUGUGGGUUCCAUAUAGGAGGAGCAGCAGGGGAAGAAAUGAGAGGAUGGGCAGGAACAUGGCAGUGCAGAGAUUGAAGAGGUCGUCUGCGGUUGCUUUUGGCUUCCUGGAGAGUCAUGUCACUCCAUGAUGCUGAACAGGAACUCCAUUGGGAGGGUAAAACCGUCACCAGAUUACAGCAUCUGUGGACUUAUUUUAACAUCAACAUCAUACACGUGAAGCACUACGGUACCACUUUAAACAGUCAUGGCUCCCCCAAAGAAUCCUGGGAGCUGUAGUUUCAGGGAGACCUUUAUUCCCUUCACAGAUGGCUACUAUUCUGAGAGUGGUUUAACAACCCAUCCCUCCUCCCAGGGAACUCUGGGAAUUGUAGUUCUGGAAGGGGAAUGCCGCUUAGGUAUUAUACAUAAAACCUCAUUUAAACCAAGGUGACGUAAAGACAAUAAUAAAGCUGUAGAAGUUGAAUUUCCCCCCGCUUGGAAACAUGGCAUGGGAAACAAACGGCUGCUCUUGUCUUCUCAGAGCUGCUAUGGUGACCGGAAGAAGGCGCGGAACCUGGAAGCCUACGUAGAAUGGUUCAACAGGCUCAGCUACUUAGUUGCCACAGAAAUAUGCAUGGUAAGCAAAUCAGAUUACAGUUUGGGGGGUUGGGUACCAUACUUGUAACACCCUUCCACAUCAAAAAAAUCUCCCUGGAAGUAGUAAACUGAAAAUGGGAGGUAUGCUCAAUAUUCCUCUAGUUCAGGUUUCCUCAACCUCGGCCCUCCAGAUGUUUUUGGCCUACAACUCCCAUGAUCCUUAGCUAGCAGGACCAGUGGUCAGGGAUGAUGGGAAUUGUAGCCUCAAAACAUCUGGAGGACUGAGGUUGAAGAAGCCUGCUCUAGUUUAUGUUGGGAAUGUGUUCAACUUGGUGUUUUGUUUUUAACAUGGAGGAGAAUUUAAAAUAUGAUACCCUGCCCUCUCUCUAGUGUGAAAUGGUAUAUCCCUCCACCAUUUGAGUCUGGAAAGGGGUUGGCACCAAUGAUGCCAGGUAAUGCUGCCAGGCCUGCGAAUACGUGUGUUAAUCGGCUCUACAUUUCAAUCCCUGUACGAAAUCCUUUCUUCAGAUGAUUUUAAUUUGCUCACCCAAAGAGAAUAAAAUGUGUGCGAGCCUGAAGUACCUAGCUAAGGUUAGCAGAAGGGCCUUGAUAGCCCUCCACUGAAUGCGAGAUGAGAGUCCCAUUGUGAUUUUCUGUCAGUUCCGAAACAGCCACUAGUACAUAGAUCAAAUAUACCAAGCGUGGAGCUGAUGGAACAAGCUAAAGUCCUCCUUGUGUUGCAAGUUCUUGUACUGUAUCUGUUGAAUAAUGUUGAAAUGUUGCCUUAUGAGGCUUUGCCCUUGGGUGGGAAAAAUAUUGUGCCCGGGAAAGGGAAGUGGGAGUCAACAGACACUCAAGGAAUAGUUUCGGAGAAAAAGGUUUUAUUUCUACCAUUCAUGAACUGGUAGAAGGAGCAAGUGUGAUAAGUCACAAAAAGCAUGCACGAAGUUCACAAUCAUGUGCACAAGCAUAUAUACCCCUUUCCAGUUCCCUCUUCCUUUCUCCUCCCUCAGGAGUCCUGCCUAUGAGUUCCUCUGAGCAUGAACAGAAAGCUGUCUUGGGACUAUUGGACUCUUGGCAGGAAACAGACAUUCCUUGAGUGUCUGUUGACUCCCACUUCCCUUUCCCAGGCGCAAUAUUUUUCCCACCCGAGGGCAAAGCCUCAUAAGGCUACAAAAUUACAGUGCCAUAGAUGGUAGGGACAGUGAUUUUUUUGGCAAAAAGAUGAGGCGUUGGCACUCAUGAAAGUGCCGUGGGUGCCAGCACAAAAUGGCCAUCAUGGGUAGAAAAAAAGAGGUUCUGGAACUCUCUACCAGUUGAGUCCUGUUACAAAAGAACCCUCUGGAUAUAGACAUAUGUACCUGCGCUUUUCCCCUUCAUUUGUUCCUUCCUCUACAAGAAAUAAAUUAAAUUAAAUUAAUUCUCUUUUGGGUUUGUUUUCCUUCCUUCAGCCUGUGAAGAAAAAGCACCGAGCGAGGAUGAUAGAGUACUUCAUCGACGUGGCCCGGGAGUGCUUUAACAUUGGCAACUUCAACUCAUUAAUGGCCAUUAUUUGUAAGUAUAGAUGGGAAUCCUUCGUAGUCGCAUGGUAUUUUUAAAUUGUUGCUUGUUAAAGGGUGCUUGGUUUGGAGAAUGAGUUAGCUCACCUCAGUCUGAUUCAGGCCAGAUCUGGGCAAAGCCUUGUCCAGCUUGUGACAUUGCAGAUGUGGUUAGACUCCAUCUCCCAUCAGCCCCAGAGAGCAUGGUCAAACUGAGCUGGCUUUCUUCCCAAUCUCUAGUUGUAGCUUAGCCAGAAGCAUCUGGGGGGCAAUAGGUCAGGGAAAAUUUAUAUUGUUGCUGCCAACAACUGUACCCUGUGUCUCCCCACUCCUGCCACGCAACUGCUCUGUAAUGUAAUAUCACUAACCGGAUAGAACUGUUUUGCUUUGCAGAGUGAAUAAUAAUAAAGAUACUUACCAGUUGUACUGCACAGAAUCUUUAGUUAGGACCCAUGCAAUUCUUUUGAUUGCAAAUUGUUUUAACUGAUUUUAAUAUUGUGCUUCUGUAUUGUCACAAUCCACACUAGGAUUAAGAAAUACGAUGAUCGUUCAGAUUGCUUCACAUCCAUUAUCUAGCUGCAAUCCUUACAAGAACCCUGUAGUCAUUGGUAUUAUCCCCGAUUUGAGGAGGGAAGCACUGAGGCCGAGAGAGAAUGGGGUGCCAAAGGUUACCAUGGCAGAGGCAAGAUUGGGAACAAACACUUCCUGAUGCUUAGUUUUGUCUUUUACGCUGUGUACAAACCCUGCAUUUAAAGUAUCUGACUUCUACCAAAAACGAAUCUGGGGAGCUGUAGUUGGUUACAGGAGCUGGAAAUUGCAAACUACAGUUUCCAGGAUUCUUUGGGGGGAAAUAAUGUGCUUUUAAAUGUUUGGCGUACACAUAGCCUUAGUCCCAACUCUCAGGACAGAAGGAUGUGAGGCUGCUUUUGCUACCAGACCUGCAGCGCCAAUACUUUCUAGUCACUUCUUCAUAAUGCUGUAAGGAGUCCAGAAUGGCUAUCUUUGCAAAUAUUCAAUUCCCUGUCCCCUGCUUUUUAAAUAUAUCUAGUCCAGAAUAAUCAUGUGCUCUUUCGCUCUUAUUUCUGCAUCUUCCUUGCGGCCUUUUGAACUAAAAGCUGGGAUGAACAUGAGCCCUGUCUCCAGGCUAAAGAAAACCUGGUCAAAAGUCAAGACAGCCAAAUUCGACAUUCUUGAGGUAAAUGUGGUUUGGUCACCUGAAAUCUUGUUUAUCCAGUUGUUUUUCAGCCAGUGGGACAGAGAGAAGUGGUUGUCAUCAUCUAUGCAAAGAUAUUUACCGUAUUUUUCGCUCUAUUGGACGCACCGGACCACAGGACGCACCUAGUUUUUAGAGGGGGAAAUCAAGGGAAAAAAUAUUAUUCCCCCCCAGCCCCAAAGAGCAAGGGACAGGCUGCGCGCAGCCUGUCCGCUUCUCCCAGAGCUUCUCGGGGCUGCGGGGGAAGCCUGGGUCCCCCCCCCAGCCCCAAAGAGCAAAGAAGCCAAGAGCUAAACCUCUCCAGCACAGCUAAAGAAGAAGACAAGGCAGCGAGCGCAAUCCAUCCCGCUCACUGCCUUGGCUUCCUCUUUAGCCUUGAGCAGCAUCUUUAGCCGUGCGCAACGGGAUGGAUCGUGCCCGCUGUCCACCGGGGCUGGACUAGAUGACUCCUGGGGUUCCCUUCCAACCCUGCAAUUCUAUGACCUCGGAAGGUGUUGGGGGUCUCCACCACUGGAGGCUUUUAAGCAGCAGUUGGGUGACCAUCUGCCUGGCGUUCUUUAGCUGUGAUUCCUACAUUGUGAGGGGGCUGGGCUAGAUGACCCUCGGGUGGCCUUCCCAACUCUAUACAGUCCUACACUUCUGCGGCAGGAGAUCCACAGCCACUUCACACAAUGCCCUCUCCCAAUUUUCAUUGGAGAGACAUGUGGCUUCAGUGUCUAGGUAGAUACCCCCCUACCUGCCACUCUCCCCCCACCCCACUUAAGCCGAGGGAAUUCCUGCCCAGAGAUGCUCCCAGGUGAGGCAAGGGUUAAGAUCUACCUCUGGUAAAUGGCUUUCCCUUUUCUCUUCUUCUUCUGUGCUAUUUCCUUCUUUUGUGUUUUGUUUAAUCUGUUUUUAUUGUAUACUAAAAUAAAAGCUGCAAAGUUUCCUUUUUUAUAAUAUCCCCCCCUCCAAACUAAAAUGUUACUCUAGAUAAAAACACUGAUCCAGAGGAAAAGAAGGGGGUGGAGAAAGGACGAAAAAAGAAAAAGAGGUAGAGAUAGAGAUUUUUUAAAAGUUGGCUUCUUUAGCCUUGCACAGCCUCCCCCGGCUGGAGAGGAAGCCCGGGCAGCGAGGGGAUGGAUCGCGCUUGCUGCCCGGGCUUCCUCUUUAGCCUUGCGCAGCCUCCCCUCCCCCCCCCCCCGGCUGGAGAGAUUGCGCAAGGCUUUUCUAGAGGAGGGAGAAGGGACUGACUGACUGCGUCAGUCCCUUCUCCCUCCUGGGGAAAAGCCUGCAAGAGCCGCACGAAUCUUGUGUGUGGCUCUUGGGGGCUUUUCCUGCCUGCCUCCCCCCCCCCCUGCAUUCGCUCCAUAGGACGCACAGACUUUCCCCCUUAGUUUUUAAGACGGAAAAACUGCGUCCUAUGGUCCGAAAAAUACGGUACCUAUUCUGUGCAUUUUUUCUGUCCCUAAUGCUAGUUCCAUUAAAGAUUGGAGAGGGUGGGUAAUAUCUUAAAAUGUUCUGACUACACACAAUGUAGCAACAAGAGAAGCUCCUAGCCCAUUAGAAAAAUCUAUAGUAGUCUAUGCUUUCCAGAUGCCAUUUAAUGGGCAACGCUUUAUUUAUUUAUUUUGAACGUUUGUAAUCUCUCCUUCACCUGAAGGUCCCAGGGCAGAGAACACAAACAUAAUAAAACAAAAUAAUAUACUAAAAGGAACAUUACACUGAAAAUCUAUUCCAUGGGCGAAUAUGCAGAACAUGGGUCCCAAUUUGUUAAAUUUCCUAUUACUUCCAAAUAGCUUAUCUGACUCAAACGUCUGAUUAUCUAAGAAUGGAGCUAUACAGUGGCUUAUCUCCAUCCAUCUCUGUCUCUCUUUCGAAUUUUGGAUGAGCCUUUGCUGGUUGUCUGCUUUAUUAGUUUAUUUCAUAAAAUUUACAUAUCGCUUGAUCGUAAAAAGUAAGCAAACCUCAGAGCAGUUUACAGAUGAAGAAAACAAUGAAAUUAUUGGUAGCACCAGCAGCAAACGAAAAACUAUCUAAAAACAGGCCAAUUGCUGCUUUGUAUUCGGUGCUCUUCCACUGAAUUAAAUGCUGGUCUUUUAAAUAAUUUCGUAGUGUCUGCUAUGGCAUGGAAAUGUUGUGAACAUUUCCAUUCUUUUUUUUUUAAAUCUAGCAUCAAAUGGACCCUUCCAGCAAUUUUUACAAUUACCGCACAGCUUUGCGAGGAGCAGCUCAGAGGUCUUUGACAGCACACAGCAACAGAGAGAAGGUAUGAUUUGCAAACAUAUUUGCGGUUGGCCAGGGAUCAAAUUUACUUAUUAGGAGGUAUGCACCAGGUAAGCCAUCUGCCUGGAGCACAGCUUCCUACUAACUGGGAACCGUCUUGGGGGGUAAAUGUGCAUUUUUGGUCACUGAUUGUCACUUUUCUCAUAGAGAAAUGUAACAUCUGGCCUGUCCUAAAGGGUUCUGUGUGCUUUGCACUAAAAAAUACUCUUGAAUACUGUGCCAAGGUAAUCACAGUUUCAUGCCCAGGAAAUCUCCCUUCUGCAACUUGUAUAAAUGAUGCAAGCUAGGCCAAUUUGUAUACCGGUAGUUCUCUUACUUUGGAUAAUUUAUUCCGGUUUGGCUAGUCAUGAGGAGAAGCAAGGAGCUAUGCAAUAUCGCUGUCCAUCGCCAUUAGGGAUCUAUUUCAUCCAUCCCUUGGCUCCUCAUAUUUUGCCAUACGUUGCCCACACGCUUUCAAACAUAUACAUGUGACUCUUAAGGCCUAGGAAUUUGUCGUUGUCGUUUUAAAAAAUGAAAGGUGAGGGCUAGUGGUGAUGUCAGAGGCUCUACUGUUUUUAAGCUAGCAGAAAGGAAGGCUUUUUCAUGGUGAUGGGGAACCUUGCAGAAUUUCAUUGGACUCCAACUUCCAUCAUCCCCAGUCCAUGUGGUUGUUGGUCUUGAAUGAUGGGAGUUGUAGUUCAGCAACUUCUUGAAGGCUACAUGUUCCCCAGGCAUGUGUUUUAAUAAUGCAAAUGAAUCAAUCUGGAACACUAAUUAUUUGGGCAAGCCUUCCACUUCCACCCUGAUGGGGAAAUGCGAUGUUAUUCCUGUCCAUGUCUGUCUUUGCAGAGAAUCAAUUUCUUAGUGGGUUUUCUCUCUCGUUUCCAUUGCCCCAGAAAUGGAGCAAAGUUAGAAAAGAGUGAGAAGCAAACACUUUGCUCUUUCCGGAUGAAAGGCAGAAAGAUGAAAGCUUUGCAGGCUGCUCCUCGGCCAAAAGAUAUUCUCUGAAAUCUCUAUACUUUGAGGAAAGCAGUACAUCCUGGAGUUCAGCUGAACCUUUUAAAAAAGGCAGCCUUUACCUGUAUGAUCAAUUGUGGGUUGGGUUGUUUGUUUUGGUGGGAAAGGAAUGCUAGCAGUAGAAACUACAGGAGGGGGUUGAAAAGAUUAUUAUGGUCCAACACCCCAUGAAAUUGAGGUUGUGAAGUGGGGAAAGAGGAAGGUUCAUAUAUCAGGUAUUGAGACUCUUAUGAUAAGCUUGUAAGUUUGGAACUAUACUGAUAUUGUGCGUAUGUGUCCAUGUGUUUGCGUGCCAGAUGCAAUGGGAAACCCAAAGGGAAACUGGCUCCCAUUUAGCUCCCAAGCUAAGUUCAAAAAGUUGGUUUUGGUGUGCAAAAUCCCAUAACACUUGGGACCAGAUUACCUGAGGGACACCCCUUAUAUACCAAAUCAGUCACUCCUAGGGCUGGGUGAUAUAUCGAUAUAUCAUCCAAAAUCGGUUUGAAGUCCAUAUCAUGAUAUCGGUUUCAUUAUUUUUGACCUGCUAACAUAUUGCGAAUCAUGAUGUGUGCAUGUGUGUGUUAUGCAAAGAUCACAGCCCAUUCAUUUACGUAGAUCCACCCUUAUUUCAGACAUUGUGAUAUAUUUGUAUAUCACGAUGUUUGGCUGUUGAUAUAUCACUGUGUUGAAAACCGGGUAUCGCCCAGCCCUAGUCUCUGUGCUCUGGAGAUGGUGGCCCCCUGCAGAUACCAUUUUAUUAAGAGGUCCAUUCCACACAACAUAGGAAUCGGGUCUUUAUAUUGUCACAGCACCAGCCCUUUGGAAUCACUCCCCACUUGAAUAUCAACUAGGCUUCAUCUCUGCUGUCUUUUCGGUUCCAAACGAAGACUUUUCUCUCUCAACAGGCCUUUUAAAUUGAGGUUUCCCAGUGUGCGGCUGUAUCGGGCUGGUUUUUAAGAUGUUUGCUCACUUGUUGCUUGCUGCCCUGGGGUCCUUUGGGAAGAAGAGCCAGGGUAUAAAUUUAAUAAAUAAAUUAGCAAAUACAUCCAGAGUGAAGAACCUUCAGCUCAAGGUUGGCCACAGUCCUGCUUAAUUUCAACUGGGCCUUAGGAAUUUGCGGGGAGUGUAAAGAAAGAUCCUUGAAGGCGUUUCGGAAGAUGGCAAUGCCAUGGCAGUUCCCAGGCAUUACCACUUUCAGUCUUGUUGUUGUUCGUGGUUUUCAGAAUACACUUAACAACUCAUAAGUUCAUUAAUACUUGUGUUCAGCCCCGAUCCCUGGCCUUUGGUAGAAAGAGUGUGUGCCUUAGACAAACAGUGUCACUAUUAUGCUAGCUUCAGCGCUGCUGAAAGGGAGGGGAAGGCUACUAGACAGUGUCAACGGUGCUGAACUAGAUGAAUAAAAAGGUCAGACUUUGUAUAAGGCACCUUAGAAAUGCUCCUUUGCCUCCAGGCUACGUGCAUUAGCCGUUUUCAAGUUUUUACUGGAACACCUUGACUUUGCCCAUUGUUGUGCUGCCUCCCUUCUGGAAUGGAUGCUAACUAAGCCCGUUGUUCCCCUUCUUCCUUAGAUCGUCAUCCCUUUCUUCAGCCUGCUUAUCAAGGACAUUUACUUCCUCAACGAGGGCUGCGCCAACCGCCUGCCCAACGGCCACGUCAAUUUUGAAGUAAGUAGAGCAUGCUCGGAAUUUCUCGAUGUGUCUGUGUGUGGUUUGUUUUUUUAACCGACAAGCUUUGCUAAUUAAACUGUGAGCAGAAAGCCUUGCCGGAGGGUUGGCUGCCUAUCUCUUGAUGCUAAUUGUGAGCAUGACUAGUCCUGGAGGUCUAGACUUAAUCAUUUGGUGUCUGCUGCCGGGUCCUGUUGGCAAAGACCCCACCCUUUGGGGGGAGAAUGUCUGCUCUGACUUUGUCUCUUUCACUUCUCCUGGUUGGCCAUGCCCUUCCUCUAAAAACAGACAAGCAUUCAGGUUCCCCCUCUCUCUCUUUACAUCUGUUUUAGGACCACAUCUGCCCUAUACAUUUCAAGCAGAAUCAUAGAAUUGUAGAGUUGGAAGCAUAGCUGUCAGCUUUUCCAUUUUCUUGCGAGGAAUCCUAUUCGGAAUAAGGGAAUUUCCCUUAAAAAAAGGGAAACGUUGACAGUUAUGGUUGGAAGGGACCCUGACAGUCAUCUUGUUCAAUCCCUCAAUGUAGGAAUCUUUUGCCCAAUGUGGGGCUCAAACCCAUGACCCUGAGAUUAAAGGUCUCAUUCUCUACCAACUGAGCUCUCCCAUUUUAAACCGUCAUGGCUUCCACCAAAGAAUCCUAGGUACUGAAGUUUGUUAAGGGUGCUGAGAGUUGUUAGGAGACCCCCAUUCCUUUCACAGAUUAUGAAGCCCACUUCCUGGGAGUUGUAGCUCUCUUAAGGGUGAAGUAUCACCAUCAUAUAAGGGUGAAGUGGCGUCAUCAGUUCUUACUUCAGGAAAAGUGUACCUCUGUCGUAAGGGACGCGGGUGGCGCUGUGGUCUAAACCACGGAGUCUAGGGCUUGCCGAUCAGAAGGUCGGCGGUUCGAAUCCCCGCGACGGGGUGAGCUCCCGUUGCUCGGUCCCUGCUCCUGCCAACCUAGCAGUUCGAAAGCACAUCAAAGUGCAAAUAGAUAAAUAGGUAGCGCUCCGGCGGGAAGGUAAACAGCAUUUCCGUGCGCUGCUCUGGUUCGCCAGAAGUGGCUUAGUCUUGCUGGCCACAUGACCCAGAAGCUGUACGCCGGCUCCCUCGGCCAAUAAAGCGAGAUGAGCGCCGCAACCCCAGAGUCGUCUGCGACUGGACCUAAUGUUCAGGGGUCCCUUUACCUUUUUUACCUCUAUUGCAGCUGUCGGAAAUGCUAAUUUGGAAUUUUACACCACGCAUCCCUCUCUUUUCUUGACUCAGACUUUGAUUAGUUGUUGGGUUUGUUUUCUUUUUGUGGACAUGUUUUUACUGACCUUCUCUGCCCUCUAUUAAAUUCCAGAAAUUUUGGGAACUGGCUAAACAAGUGAGUGAGUUUAUGACGUGGAAACAAGUUGAGUGCCCUUUUGAAAGAGACCGGAAAAUCCUUCCAUACCUGCUCACCGUCCCAGUCUUCAGCGAGGAUGGUAAGAGAUGUGCAAACUCUGGUCAUUGUGCAGUGCGCCUGCUGUCAUCUAUCAAUUUAUUUUUUGGGAAAUGCAGAAGACCACCCUAGCUUUGUUGGAAGUAGCCCCUUGGGAGAAGGGCAGAUUUGAUACACCUGUGAGUCUCUGGGGAAGAGGGGUACAAAAAACCCACAGUACUACAAGUUAGUGAUGAAAGGCCAGCUAUAUACAGUGCUGAUUGGCUAGUAUCCAUAGCAUCAUCAAAACAACCCCCGCUUCCAAUCGCAAAGGGGAGUGGUUUGCUCUUAUCAAUGAAUAAAGGUACAUAAUAGCUCAAGAAAGAAAGAAAGAAAGAAAGAAAGAAAGAAAGAAAGAAAGAAAGAAAGUCCACCUGAAUCACAGGAUGAAGAAGCAAGACAGUCCCUGCAACAGAAAAACAUUUGAUUCACAAUUAAAACAAUGCAAGUCUAGAAAUAAUGGUUGUUUAAAUCCGGCAACUGUGCUUCAAAUAAUGGUUGUCGCCUGCCAUGAAUGUCCCAACUGAGAUAGAAAGGUGGCAUGUAAUUAAUUGCAAUAAUUCAAAAAUCCAUAGCCAAGUAUUCUAACCAUAAAUAGUAAGAGGAGGACAAUCAUUACAGAAGAUCAGGAUGGAUAGAAUAUUCUGCAAGCAGUUUUUUUAAAUAAAAACAUCAUUAUAAGAGAGCCCUUUACCAUCCAGACCUUGUUACUGUACACUUGGAAGUGACAAGGCCCCUACCCCAAGCGCUGAGACGCUGAUGAAAUCCUCUGAGGCAAGGACUGGAAAAUAGCUAUUUUAUUUGUUGCAUUUGCGUCCAACUUCUUUGCCAGGGAGCUCAACACAAUUCUCCCCCUCCUCAUUUUAAUCUCCACAAUGACCCUGUGAGGCAGGUUAGGCUGAGAGUGAGCGACUUGCCCUGGAGGUCUUCCAGUGAGCUGAGUGGGGUUUCGAACCCUGGUCUCCCGGGUCCCAGUCCGACACACUACCCGUUACACUACACUGGCUCGCAUGCCUGUAAUGACGACCUUCUGUUUCUUCUGACUGCAGCACUUUACUUGGCUUCCUACGAGAGCGAAGGCCCCGAGAACCACAUUGAAAAAGACAGAUGGAAGACUCUCAGGUCAGUGUCAAAGGGGAUUGCCGUCAGAUAAAUCAGCAGACUGCAAAGUUGCUUGAGCGCUAAGACACUUUCGAUACCAAGUGUUCCACUGCUGCAUGCCUCAACAGAUGGACACAGUGUGAACUCGCUUCCAAAAAAAGUCAUAUUUAAUUUCUGGGCUUUCCCAAAGUAUUAGCACACAAGCUGUUUCUUCUUCCUGUUUUUUUGUUCCUUCCACCCAUCCCCAAUGUAUUAGGAACCUCCUUUUUCAUCUUUAAAAAUUGAAUGAAUGCAUUUUUAAUUAAUUUUUUUGCCCAGACAGAUUUCCAUUUUCCUUCCCUUUCUUGUUUGAAGGCUUUUGUCCAGUCAGUCAUGCAUGUUUCUAAAUUCUCCUAAAAUUGACUUCUUGUGCUGAUUCAGGCCUGGUGCCCUUUUGUAUGCUGCUAGGCUGCAACAUCAUUCUUAACAAUUGGACAUGAUGGGAGCUGGAGUCUAACAAUAGCUAGAGCGUACCAGGUUAGGGAAGGGAUGUGGGUGGUGCUGUGGGUUAAACCACAGAGCCUAGGACUUGCCGAUCAGAAGGUCGGCGGUUCGAAUCCCCGCGACGGGGUGAGCUCCCAUUGCUUGGUCCCUGCUCCUGCCAACCUAGGAGUAUGAAAGCACGUCAGAGUGCAAGUAGAUAAAUAGGUACUGCUCUGGCGGGAAGGUAAACGGCGUUUCCGUGCGCUGCUCUGGUUCGCCAGAAGCGGCUUAGUCAUGCCGGCCACAUGACCCAGAAGCUGUACGUCGGCCAAUAAAGCGAGAUGAGCGCCACAACCCCAGAGUCGGCCACGACUGGACCUAAUGGUCAGGGGUCCCUUUACCUUUACUUUACCUACCAGGUUAGGGAAGGCUGCAUUGGUUAAAGUCCCUUAUUGUCCCUCCUUUGCCAGUUAAGGAACUGUGGCAUGCAAAGUUAAAACCAUAUGCCAGUGGCAGUUGGGGAAUGAAACUUGCUAGUGCAAUACCUUUUUGCCUGAGAAAGUUGCACAACGUUUUGGUGCGACCUUAGGGCAGGGCCAUUGACAGGCGUAGCCUGUGAAGAGAGGGGGUGGCUAUAGGAAACUCCCAAGGGCCAAACAGAGAUUUGGAGGGCCACUUGUGCCCUAACCCAGACCUGAGGUUCCCCACUGUCUGCUCUGCACUUUUGAAAGAUGACGCUUAGCACCUUUGAGGUUGCUGCCAAUCUACUGUGCUCCCGAGAGCCACAAGCCCUAAAAUACACCCAGACCCAUUUGGUGGACAGUUCAGAGAGAGACCAACAAAUGCAACAUCUGAGACAAUCUGUGGAGCGGUUUCCCAGUGUCGUAAUCAAUGGGGAGCUGUCUUAAUAUCCUCAGUUUGUUGUCCUUCCUGCCCAUGGGGUGGUCUUCGCUGUCAGCUCCUCAGAUGCCGUAUUGCCCCUUGUAGAAAGGAGGAGAACUGGAACAAAACUUGAAUUAUUUGGCUGUGUCUGCCAUUGGUUUGGGCUUCAUUUGUCAUUGGUUUUGGCGCCACCUGCUGUUGGCCUCCCACCUGUCCUACCAGCCACCUCUGUUCCUAAUGAGUGUCCUCUCUACUCCUCUGUCUUUUAGGUCAACGCUUCUUGGAAGGGUUUAA